AUGCCUUUCCUAAUAUUGAGGGAGAUAAAGGCAACCAACUUGCCUGCUGUCGACAAGAAAGGCAAAGGAAAAAGUGACCCGUACGCCAGUUUGGAAUUUCAAGGUAAACGUGAUAACAUUCGAACAAGUAAACCGAUUCAUUAUUUUAGUUUUUUUGUUUUUGCAAGGAGCAGAAUCAUGGAUUACAUUUGCUCCCUAUGAAGAAGGGAUUAUUUGUUGAGGGCAGGGACGACAAGUUUGCUUUAAACAAGAGAUUUCCUUACAAAUCAUGGACUCUCUGGGGAGUGUUCUGUUUUCUCGAACAUUAAUCGCGUUAGAUUAAUCCUUUGUUUUUGUUUUAUUCGGUGCAAAAAUUCUUCUCAAAACUUCAAGAAUUUUCUUGGGCGUGUUAAUUUCGGGGAAAUUUCUUCGUAAACGGACCCGUGUUUAAUCAUAAGGGCAAAGAACUGCCCAAAAUACUUUCAAAUAAGGUCGAAAUCAGAAUGUUUACACAAUAAGUUCAGUAUCCUUCGAAGUUCAGAAACUCUCUGUGUCCUCUACUUCACCAAUUCCAGAAAGCUAUUUAUCUGCUCUGUUGACUUCUUUGUUUGCCGUUCAAUAAUCUUACAAAGCGACCACUCAAAACAAAAGAUUUGAUUAUCUUUAUUUGAUGUUUUUUCUUCAAUAGAUAUGUAUGAAUAAUUUAUGAUAAGUUAUGCAUUUCUAUUGUUAUCCCAUCAUGCAUGAAGCGCUGUAUCUUAUCUCAGGGCAACAUGUUUUGCAUGAUGGCCGCGGUUGAAUGAAAUAUGAAUGAAUGAAGCUCAAAAAGUCAAAAUCUGAACACUUAAGCUAGCCAAAAUGCUUCGGGUUGCCGUAAGCAGUGCUGUUAAUUUGCCCAAUGUAGAGACCAUUGGAAAGAGCGACCCUUAUGUCGUUCUUACUUUCCAAGGUUUGUACUUACCGUAUUUUUGAGUUGUGUAUUAACAGUCAGUGUUAUUUUAACAUUUUGCUUGAGGUGGGGCGAUUCGCUUUUGUAACUUGUUUUAAAUUCGGCAUUGACGCAUUUUAACAAGAAGUUAAGCCAAUUCUUUGGUUAAUUUUCAGGGGUAAAGAAAAAGACAGAAGUGAUUAAAGAUGAGCUGAACCCAGUGUGGAACGAGGUAGCACUGGUUACUUUUUGACGACCUAAGGACGGGAGAACCGCUAAUGUGUUAUUAAUGGCCGCACGAAUUUUUACUGUGGAUAAAAUAAAUUUAGAGCGUAAUUUUCAUUUUAAAUUUUUAAUAUUUUGUUUCUAUUGUGUUUAACAGAAAUUUGAAUGGGAUUUAGGCACUCAACCACUUUCUGUAGAGGAAAAUUUGAUCGUUCAUGUCAAGGAUUGGGAACGCAUCGGAAGAAAUCGGUUAGUGUUUAUUAUUAAUAUUAUCCUAGCGUUAUUUCCUGGUGAUAUUUUCUUACAGAGUUUUCUUUUCUUUGUAAGAAAUUUUAUAACUCUAUUUUAUCGCGUUGAAUCACAUAUUUUAGUUUUCUAACCUGAUAUUUUUCUGCCUUUGCGGUUAACCUGAGCUUUUGUAGUCAAUUUUUAUCAAGCCUAUCUUUUAAAGUAAUGACGGGAAGUUUACCAACUUCUUUAUUUCUACAGCAUAUAUUACUUAUUCCCACUCAACCAUUUUGGAGAUCAAGACUUUGUAUUAACUGGUUAAAAUUGAGGCGAUUUUUAAUAUCAGAGGAAGUUCCGAGAACAAACGGAGUCUGAUACUCAGAAUUUUCACGAGUUCAAAUAAAUAUAUGUUAAAAUCGUUUUUCACGAUUUUGAAGUUUCGCCUAUUUAUCACUUGGAUCUCAUUGUUUUUCUUUUAUUUUGCCGAAAUAAUCGCUUCAAGGCUAUCUCUACCACAAGAAAUCUAGAAAUCGACGAAGCAGUCUAUCACUGUUUCUAUUUAUAGAAGAUCGUUUCGUGGAAAAACCCGCGGUUUGGAGGGAGUAUUGCGUGAACUUUAAGUCGAUCGAACUAUCAUUUUCGUUGGAUCAGUGCCAAGGCUGACAUAGACUUUGUAAUGAGUCUUCAGGAGUUUUAUUGAUGGCAUGCUGUUCGGUAGUCUUUGGUUUAAAAACAGCGAAGCGUUAGUCGCAAUUUCUAUCUGCGAUUAUUCGCCGCGAUCGAGACAAGGCGUAAAUUGAAUCAAUAAUAUCGAAUACAUUUAUAAGUUUCGUGUCGAACAGAAGCCUUUCGAAGUUUUAAAAAAACGUCACGGGGAUUAAGGUAAUUUGGACACGAUGGACGGUAUUUCGCGUCAGUACAAAGAAAUUAAAUCUUUAUGAUUUAUUUUUCGAUGCACUGUAGACUUAAUCAGUAGCUUUAGUUUUUUGCCUUCUUUCUUUUUUAUCUCCCAGGUGAUUGGCGUUUUCGCUUUCCGUCAUAUGUAGAGACAAAUUAGCAUAUUUUAAAGUUUUGUUUAUUCUCGGCAAUCAAUGUUUUUUCUGUUGUGUAUAAUUUAAAAAAAAUAUGGCAGCAGCUGUGAUAUUUUGUAAUAACCUUCGGUAGAAAAACAUUUUCGACGCAAUAUUUUACGUUUUCAGUUAAUCUUGAUUGCUAUUUUUAAGAAUCACGUUACAGCGGUUCCCACGAUUAAACCGCCCUCAUAUUGACGAUAUUGUUCGGCUCAUAAUUUAUUCAAACCUACUUUUCACAAGUGAGAAUUUUUUUCGUAAGGUUAAUUACGCAGAAAGAGAACUUUGAUAAAAGUUUUCUAUGUAAUACGAGUGAUAAAUUCUAGCAGAAAAAAAAGGAAGGAGAAUUUUGGGAAUUCUUGCGUUUUAAGUCUGAAUGAAAUAAACCUGAAAUGUGAAUAGUCUGUUUGCAUAAACUAUGACGGAGAGCUGUCAGAAAUAAUUAUUGAGAUCAAACAUCUCUCAAUUUGUCAUUAAUGGCUAAACCUGACAGGGUGCUUGGAAAAACUUUGGAAUUAAUAUUUAAUCAGAUUUGUCAUUUAUAUUUGAUUUUUUUUCACUUUCGUAAGGAUAAGGGUCCUUUAGUAAGGUACAAAACCACCUAAAACUGUCUGGCAGCAAUUGCUAUUUAUACUAUUCUCACUGAGAUAAAUUUUUAGGGUGUGCUUUUUUUUCUUAUCUAAAAGAGCAUUAUUUGAUAUGACCAAUUGAUAUGAAUAACCUUUAUAGAAGGCAUGUGUUUUGGAUAAAAAUUCACUUCUGAAAUCUGAAUUAAGCAAUUUGUGAGUUCCUUGGACAUUAUAUACAUGUCCACUUCAAAUUUCAAAAUUAUUUAUGGUUGAAAUAGAAGAAUUUUCACCCAUGUGUUAUGAUAAAUAAAUACUCUAUUGUAAUAAGGUUAACCUCUAAGUAGCCCAUAAUUAAGGUUUCUCAAGGGUAUCAGGUGGCACCCACACUGGAAUGGCUUAAUAGUUAACCCUUUAACUCCCAGGAGUGACCAAGACAGAAUUUCCCCUAACAAAAUCUAUACAAUAUCAAGCAGACAAGUAAUGAGAACAAAGAAAAAUAUCAGUUAGGAGAUUGAGUUGAUCCAAUAUCAAAUUCUCCAAACUAACAUCACAAGAACAGUAUGGCAGACAGUUAGGGUUAAGCAAUUAUCAGGACUGUUGAUUAAGGGGGAAUAAUAGAAUAAUUAUGCAAGUCCUUGGCCUAUUCCAAACAUGUUGCUUCUACUAAGAUUAAUUUGAGCUGGUAGUAGCAUAAACACUGCAGUGGUUUUGAAAUGUCAAAUUAAUUAAUGGGAGUGUAUGUCACACCACACCACUGUCACAUAACCAUGUUAUGAAGUUUGGCCAAUAUCAAUUCCCUUUGCAAAAAUGAAUUUUCUAGAGCAUUGUUCUACUACUGAGCUGAAGUCAAAUUUAAUUCUUGAAUGUCGAUCAGCACAGCAAUAACAUGUAAGGUGUGGAACAGGACAAAGACAUCUUCCCUCUCAAUAUUCCCCUAAGUGUGCAAAAUGCUGACUAGUGGUUCCCUUGCUUUUAUUAACAAUCACAGAUGGUAAAGUAAACAACAAUGAAAUUUCCAAAUACUAAUGUGAAAUAACUCAUAAGGCAGAAUUAUGGGGCUAGGGAAUCCAUUCUGUAUAGAGCUCUGAGCCUAAUGGAAAUACUUUUUUUCAAGAACAAAGAAGGAGAUAUUUUAUUUGAUCUCAAAAGUUUAAUUCAAAGGGUUCUUAAAAAUUUAACUUGACUGUGUACUUGUAUAUUGAAGGGAAAGGGGUAGUUCUUGGGUGUGACUAGCUUCCUCUAAAUCUGGUUAAGUUUCCAGUUUGAUUUCAAGGUUGAGGUAAUUUUUAUCGGUCAUGACCUCUCUUUAAACAACUUAUUUUAUGUAAGGCUUCUUGGCACGGCCACCGUCCCCCUGAAAGACCUUGUCAAGGACAGUAGCCAUACCAUGCAGGCUGAUGUCAAUCUGCUAGAUGGUAGUAACAGGAUGACACAGGUGAGUGUUUGUUUUGCAUUAUAAGCACUUUGUUAAGAACUUGUAAUGAGGUCUUGGGAAGGGGGAGGGGGGUGAUAUCUCAAGAGGCAAGAGAUUGGGACUGGAAAGGGAAGAGAAAAGUUCAGUCAGAUAUAUCAGCAAUAAAAAUAAUUGUUUCAAAUCUUAAUCAUUAUUACCAAUCAAUAUAGACUUGUUCAGCAGGAUAAACAAAUAAUUAUUUUAUGGGAGGUGACUGAUUUUAUACUCACUUGUAUCAUUUCUUUGAUUCUUUUGGCAUUUUUUUCAAGAGAUGGUAAAUCAAAAAAUAUAUGUACUAUUGUACUAUCUCUGUACAUUUUCUUGGAAGAUCUAUAUCUGGAAAGUCAAGGCUGUCAGCAGUUGCAAUCAGUUGAUAUUAAUUAUCAGUCAUUUACUUAAUGCAAUUUCCCCUCUCUUUGGUGAGGUUUUUAAAACAUUUUUUGAUCACUGAAAUAAGCUCUCCUCUUCCUCCCUCAUCUAUUGUGCACAGCUCAAUCCUAAAACUUGCUCCUCUACCUUUAUUCUCAAGUAGUAAUCUCCAAGUGUAAUCGCUUUUGCAUCAUGGUGACUGUAUUCUUGAGACAUGUUGUACAGAAAAUUUGAUUAAUAAACAGAUGUAGUUUACCAAUUUUAUGGGUGGAAUUAAUUUUUUGUCUUUCUUAUUUAUGCAGGCAAAGUUGGCUCUGCGUUUGGAGUAUAUUCCUCCCAAACCAGCCAAGGGGGUUGAUGGAGACAUUAUACCAACAGACGAAACAGAUCUGGGUACAGAGCAAGGUGAUGAAUUUGGAUUGGAAGAAGAAGGCAUGGAUGAUGUGGAAGGAGGAGGUGCCGAGGGUGUGAAUGAUGCAGUCAGGUAAUUAUAAACUCAACCCUUUAACUCCCAUGAGUGACCAAGACAGAAUUUCUCCUUACAAUAUCCAUACAAUAUCAAGCAGACAAGUGAUGAGAAUAAAGAAAAAUAUUAAUUAGGGGAUUGUAAGUUGAUACAAUGCCAAAUUCUCUAAACUAAUAUCAUAAGAACUGUAUGGCAGACAGUAAGGUGAAUUUUGUAGUUUUAAGUCAGGCUUGUAACUCGUGACAGUAUGCUUUACUGAAAGCUUGGAGAUAGAAUUUUUAAGAGGCAAGGCAGUUGUUACAGACAUAAACUGAACCUGCAUAGCACAAUCCUUGGCUCCCUAAGUCUUCACAGCAAUUUAUUAUCAGCAUGUAAUUUGUGAAUUUCAACACAAUCUCAGCACAACAGUCAUACUAAAGAGAAUCUAAAUAGGAGAGAAACAGCUGCAGACUUUCUUUAUUGUGAAAGCAUUCAAUUCAGGAAAUUUGAUGGAAGGACUUGUUUAGCUAUAUGAUGUAGGUGACUGAACAUGUCACUUGUAGCUUCUACCUUUUUUCACGCUUGCAUCUUAUUUCAGUAUUAAUUGUUAUUUAUGAACAAUUAUUUAUAGUGCUUCCUUACAUUUCACAGGAAAAAGCGUAGAAGGAGAAGAACUGCCAGGCACAAGUUGUCCAACAAACCUCAAGACUUUCAGGUAAGAAUUAUCUCAUUUCAGGUUUCCACCAAAUGGUUACAUUAGUCAGUGGUAAUGUUUUAUCAGUAGUGGUCCAAUGUACCAGAAUAAUCGCUAAUCUAAUCUAAUCGCUCUGACGAAGGGCUAACGCUCGAAACGUCAGCUUUUUUAUCCUUUACGGUGGCUAAUUUACGUUUUCAACCCAGUUUUUAACACUAAAUUACCUACCAGAAAAUUAGGUUGGACUCUGUAAUAAAGAAUUGAGUACUGAUUAACAUUCAAAAUAAUUUGAUGUAUAAGAAAUUGUUGAAGCUAUAGGAAACAUAUCUAUUUCUUGAGGAAUGUUUCUCAAGGAUAUACUCUAGACAAAUAAAAUAAGAGAACAUGUACACUGUUUUAGGUUAAAAAUUCAAAUUAAAUUAGGGCAUUGAUUUUUCCAUGUACAUUGGGCAUGUAAGUACAAAUGCCAUCAGAACCAUUCUAGUUUAAUAUUCAGUCUGGAUUGUUUACUGAGAUGUUCUGCUGAUAGAGGAGUGUAUUUGAUGGCAGUUGUAUCAGGAGGAAAAGUAAGAUUUAACACAUAUGUCAAACUGUUUCAGGUUCGUGUACGAAUCAUGGAGGGUCGCCAGCUGUCUGGCUCCAACAUAAGUCCUGUUGUCAGAGUUCUAGUUGCGAACCAUACUCGCCAGACAAAAGUCAAACAUUCAACAAACAAGCCCUUCUAUGAUGAGGUGAGCUUUACUACUUUUCUCAGAUUCAUUUAUCUCUAGUAUUACACGCUGUAUUUAGAAUAAGCUGACAUAUAGGUACUUGGUGUUUCAAGUUUUUGUUUCAUAAUGUUGUCAAUAAAACUUGGAACAUGAAUGUUUACAGCUUCCUUUUACACUUUGUAUCCUAAUGUAAGGAACAAGAAUUGAAUGAUCAAUUUUGACUUUUCAUAAUACAAAACCUCCUUGUGCUUCACAAUUGUAUUUAAUUUAAAUUAAGUCAGUUUAUUCUCUUAUGUUUUCUCUCAGACAUUUUUCUUCAAUUUUCAAAUGUCACCAUUGGAAUUAUUUGAUGAAAUAAUCAGCUUUGAGGUGAGCAAUUUACAAAAGGUUGGAAAAUAAGAUAUAGCGGCAGAGCUGUCAUAUCCAAGUAUCAAUGAUUGAAGAAUAAUUAAAAUGUGAGACAGCCUUUUUUGAUGUCAAUUUUUUCAUGUAAUUGUAACUUCAACAGGUUUUUAAUUCAAGAAAACUGAGAGCCAAUGCCAUGAUUGGUUACUUUAAGGUAGGCUGAGUUUUCACUUCUAGAUCAAUAAAGAACAGUAUGAUGCACCUACUAUGUACAUGUACAGUUGAUCAUGUCUUCUGAUCAUCUUGAAUAUAGUACUCCAAAAGACUGAUAUCGGUGACUGUAAAAUAUGCGGAUUAACUGCUGUAUUUUUGAAAAUGAGACUCCCAUAAUUCUUGCACAGUUGUGUUCCACAUGAGGGUUCCGAAUUUUAAAAACUAGAUUGGUUCAAUACAGAAACUUAAUUUUAAUUAUUAUUAGCUGCAUGGCAGUUAAAUGUGAAUAAGUGUUAUUCUGAGUUUAAACAGUUUUUUCCAAGGAAAAUUUGCACUUUUUCAUAUGAUUGAAAUUAGGCAGUAGGAAAGGAGAGAAAUGAAUUAGAAUUUAAUUUCCAAUUUUAAGAAGGUAAUGAAAAAAUAUUUGUAAACCAUGAAUGCACUAAAUUUUCUUUCUCUUCUUUAGAGUGACAUUGGUUUUUUCUACGAUGAGCCGUGUAAGUACCUAUCUUGAUAAAAAUAAUUUUAUCAUUGUGAUAAUUACAAUUAUUCUUAUCAUACAAGUGUUGAUUAAAUACGAAAUAGUAUAUCUGAUAAUGAAAUGUCUUAAAAUCAAAACCAUAGCCAAUCAGAAAAAAUUAGAUAUGAAAUGGUAAAUAGCUAAUGAGGUGCAUAGUGCCAAGGUGGCGCAAAUGGUAUAAUUGUUUAAAAAAAUUUCAUGUAAUCCUGGAUGUCUAUGGAUAUCACACAGAGGCUUUCAGAGUAAAAACUAACAAACCACCUAAAUUGUUGGUGACCAAGUCCCAAUUGGUUUUAGUUUUCAUCUGAGCAAAAGGGGAUGUGAGAUUUCAAAGGUCAAUUGAAGUUGCAAAGUUGAAAAUUGCUCAUCGGUAAAGUUUUUAACAUUGUUGGAAAUGCACCCCCCUAUUUUCAUAAUUAGGGAAUCCCUCUUUUUAACUUACUUAACAGACAGGGGAAGUGUGGUUUGUAAUAAAAUUGCUUUUGUCAUUAAUUCUUCACUAUUCUUGUUUCCACAGCCCAUGCUGUUGUACGGAAAUGGGUUCUACUCACUGAUCCUGAUGACAAGAUGGCUGGGGUUAAGGUAAGAAAAGAAAGCUGUGGACACAUGUAAAAGGCUAUUUUGAAUACAAAGCAAACUUUUACUCUUCAGCUUCUUAGGAAAUUGUUUUUGUUUCAGUAAGCAGGUAAAUUUUUCUUACAUCUAUUUUUAAUUAUUGUUAUCUAUAGGAGUAGAUAAAGGUACAGUGUAGAUAAACAAGUGUAACAAGUAUUGGAAGUCUGACAUUUUGAGUGUUAGAUAUAGAUUGGAGGAAAGGAAUUAAUCAUCUUAAGGUUUGGUACACAAGGACUGAGUUGCAGUGACUGUGCAUGACUUGCUGUACUCUUUAUAAUAUAGAUCAGAAUACAAACUCAUUCCAUGUCACAGGACCUGCCUGUAGUUCAUGGAAAUCAAAUGUAGGACUGUGUAAUGAAACAUGGAUUGAAAAAUUAUAAUAGUCAUGACACUGGUAGUGAUUAACAACAUAUGCUAAUGUAUUGGUAAAUACAUGCAGUAUGGAAUGUAUGAACAUCUAUUAAUCAAAUGAAAAUUGUCUCACUUGUUUAUACUUGUUUAUCUGUAUUCUACUGAGGAGAUUAGGAUGUUGUUAAAGGAAAACAGAAUUCAAGUAAUUUGACCUCUUACAAUACAUGGUAGUGCUUCAAAGUAAUUUGUUUGUAGGAAUUCUGCAGAAGUUUUUAAGGUGUGCUUAUAUCAGCAAAUAAUUUAAGAUAGCAAUACAGAUACGUAAAAGUGUAUAUCAAUUGAUAUUAAUGCAUAAUUACACAGUUAGAAAAAUACCAGUAAUUGAAGUGGGCAGGGUUGGAGAUUUUGCAUAUUGUUGGCUUCUGCUUUGAGAAACUAAAAAAGAUUUGAGUUCUUUAUCUUAUUAUUAUUUUUUUUCAACAUCUAAUAUUUAGAUAUAUCUUGAUUGCAUGCAUUAUAUAAUAUACAUCAUUCACUGAAUGAAACAUGUACAAAUAAGUAUGGUUUCUAAAAUUGUUGUGUACUAGUGUUGAUUUAUAUGUCAAUGUAUUAAAGGCAAGGGUACUCAUAAUAAUGAUUCUCACGAGGCUUAAGGGGAAUUUUUGACUUUCCAGAUUGUGAGUUAUUUAGUGUGCAAAGUAUCAAGCUUACUCACUUUAAGGAUGUAAUGAUCAUCAAGUGGGACAAACUGCCACGCAGAUUCAAUUCUUCAAUCAAACAAUGUGGCAAAUAAUCAAGAUGAUGAAUACUUUUUAGAAUUUACUGAAAAGAAACGACAUGCACCAUUUAUCAGAAGUGCUUACAAGUGCAAAUGAACAGAGUAUGCUGUAGGAAAAUGGUGUAUUUUAUAACUGGUCUACAGCUUUCAUAUGUUAAAUAUUGCUUUCCAUGUAUCAGGUGUUUUACUGUAAGGUGGUAUCAGUGAGUUUUAAUGCUUGCACUUAUUAUGUAAGUGACUACUUAAAAUGUCAGGAUGAAGAUGAGGAUGAUGAGCAGCCUGACACAGGAAAAUCACGUGGGGCUUCUGGACGGAGAAGUGGUGGAAUUCCAGCAGUAAAUAUCCUGCUAUUUGUGUUUAUGACAGCAUGAUACAGCACAAUUUCCUUUUUACCUUCUUUUCAAUUUAUUUUUUUCAUUAAGUCGUCUGCGACAAACUAUGUGAAUAAGAUGUUUUUAAUGAUCUUGUUUACAAAUUUUUGAAACUUAAAUUAUUAUUGUGGGGACUUUUUUAAUUAAAAUAAAAAAGUGAUAAAACAUAUUUUGUACUUGAGACAAAAAUGAAGGCUAAAAUGUUAUUCUGAAGGUAACUAGUGUCAAUUUUAAACUAGAAGGCUUAUUGACCUUUAGAAAUUGAAAUUAAUUUUAACUGUGGAAUUGAAAUAAUAGGCAUCCAUUAUAUUGAGGAAUUCUUUGUGCUUCAGACAUUUUAAAAUUUGUGUGCCAUGAUUUUCAUCAAAUUUACCAAAGGAAGGUAAAAAUAUUUUCAUUGAUAUACACAAAGGUUUCAAAGGAGGAGAAGUUUUUUUGGAAAGUGCAGUUAAAAUACUACAUGAAAUAGUUAAAUGAAAUAGGGUGAAUGUUCUACUCAAUGUUAAUUGUUAUGGAAAUCCAAAGUAAGAUAAAUUUUUGAUCUGAAAAAUUGCGGUGAAUAUAAAUAUCAAUUACAUGUAUGGAAUGCCCUAAAAAUUAAAAGCGAGAGUAUAUUGUCUAAAUAAAAUACAUUUGAUCAUUUUAAUGUGCAUCUUAUCAUUACUAAUAGCUGUUACAACAAUUUUUGUGAAAGUUUUGUGGGUAAGUGAUCAUUGAUAGAAAAUAAGAAAUAAUAUAAUGAUAAUGAUAAAUGGAUUGGUUUAAACUUGCAAUUAUUCAACCAAAUAUUAAUUGAUGAACUCACUGGCACACCUGGCUAGAUAGACAUUUUGAUGUAGACUGUAAUGAUUAAUUUAACCUUUGUAAAUGAUUUAAUUGAGCAUUGAUUUAGACCUGGUUUCCUAAAUAGGAGAUGAUAUUAUUAGUUUGGAACUUCCUCAAAAAGAAUUGUGAAUUAUUUUAGGUGAAUGUUAAAAUUUUCAGUUGUGUUUAUUGACACUCACAGUUAAAAUGAGAUGUAAUGGUUAAUGUUCAUGUUAACAUUUAUUUCUUGUGUUCAGAAUGUAAAGAGAGAUUAAGAAGAUUUUCAAUUUGAAGUAGUUUGUAAUUGUGACCUUUCUGAACUGAAUUUACUCAUAACAAUUAUACUUUUUUGUUAAAAGACAUGUUUCAUCAUAAUUGCAUUUUUUAAAAAUUCUAUAUUAAUGAUUCAUCAUUAGUUUCAUAUAAUUGUAUUUGAGUUUAACUAAAUUUAUUGAUUAUAUGUACUGAAGGUAUUAAUUUCAAUACAGUAAUGAUAGUUAAGUACUGGUUGAUUUAUGAUUGUUAUAAUAAAAAGCAGAGGUAUUAAACUUGAAUAUAAUUUUGUUAGAAUUUAAUACCAAAAUUAUAACAUGCACAUACCUAAAGGGAAAUUAUUACGAUGCAUUCUUCUGUUAUUUGUUGAUUUUGUUCCAUAAAGAAACUUAUGUAUUGCCUUAAUUUUGAUUUGUCAGAAACCUAUUGUUUACUGCGCCUUUAAACCCAAAGAAAAUUGAAACAUUUAAAGUUUUCUUUAUAAUAAAAAGUAAUAGACUGCUGCACUUUGUGUCAGAUUACUAGUGUUACAACCCACUUAGGAUGUUGGGAGAACUUGAGAAAAGGGUGGGUUAUCGUGGUGGCAAACUGAUGGAAGUUGCAGCAUUUUUCUUUCGUAAACUGGUAUUUCUAAUGUAUAGUUUUUAUAGGUUAAAUGCUAGGAAUUUUCAUAAACAGAAUAAUGAUUCAAAUAGGUUUAAAAUAGUUUAAAGUGUGGUUUGUUGAGGUGAAAUACAUGAUGUUAAAUUUCUAUAACACUAAAUAUUAAAUCCCUUUAGUAGUUGAUAAUUAUGUUACCAUCUCAUCUUUUACUCUCUUUAAGGCUUGCUCAUUUAAUGCCCCCUAUCUUUUCUCUUUGCUUUGUUUAUUCUUUGAUCAUCACUGUUUAAUUCCUAUCAAUUCUUUUCAUUCAUUCCCACCAGGGUUAUCUCAAAGUAACUGUCAUGGUUUUGGGGCCUGGUGAUGAAGCUCCGGUAAGCACUAUUUUAUACUUAAUUCCUCAAAUGCAAUUGUAUGGUACAGAGUAAAUAGACACUAUAUCACUACCAAGAAAUCAUUAGUAGAUCUCAUUGGUGAUUUUCCUUACUAUCUGUCCUACAAUUCUUCUAAUGUAAGUUUGGAGAAUAUGGCUUUGGAUCAACUAAUAAUCUUCUCAUAAUAUUUUUGUUACUUGCAUAACUUGUUUACUUGAUAUUCUGAUGAUAGUGUAAGAAAUAGAAAUUGCAUCUUGGUCACUCUUGAAAGUUAAUGGGUUAAACAAAAAGUUGUAUUUUUUCUUUCUUGCAGUCUUCCUCAAAAGGUGCAACAGAGAAUGACACAGAUGAUAUUGAAUCGUGAGUAGUUGUAGUGCUGUUAAUUAAGUUAUUAUUAUUUGUGGAAAAUUUGUGUUUUGCAAUCCAUUUUUUAUGCAGAAUAUAAACCACGUUUUGUUUGUCUUACCUAGGAACUCUUACCCUAAGAAUUCCAAGACUGAAACUGUGCUAAAUUACUGCAAAAUAAAUUGUGAAUGCAUGUCUCCUUUAGGAACUUGUUGCAGCCCUCUGGUGUGAUGUUACGACCAGCUGUCUUCUCCCUGAAAGUAUACAGAGCUGAAGAUAUUCCUCAAAGUAAGUACUGCUUCAUGAAUAUUGUUAAUGAUUUGUUGCUGGACUAUAUAUAUUGUCACAAGAUAGAGAAAUAUAAUUAAAUAUUUGUUUACUUUUUUGUCAUCAAUCUAAUGCAAGGAACCCUGAACAAGUGCCAGCAUUUCAUUGUUAGUUUGAGAUAAAUGUGAUUGUCUUUAUUGCACUUGCAUUUAUAUGAAAUCUGGUAAAUGAUAAAAGGUGGUAAAUUUUCUGACUGAUUUUCCAUCAAUUAAUCAUAUUUUUACUGUUGAUGUGAAAUCUUCCUCUUGUGCUAUCAAUUUUACUGCAGGGCUCAUUUUAUAUCCUAGCCAUUUAUAUUUUGGUGACAUUUUGAGGCAGCUUAGAACCAAGAAUUUGCAGGGGUUUUACCCAUGUCACAUUAGAUAUUCCAGGAAGGUUUUGACAGGGUCGUAGGCUUGCGCUUUAGCUCAAUUUGCUUUGUUGGGCCUUAGCUUAGUUGUCAUUGGUGAUCUCCUUGCAGCUUAGAAGUACGCUGUUUGCCUUUGUUGCAACCUUUGCAGCAUCGUCCUUUUGAUAUUUUUGACCAAGUGUUUUGAUUUAAAGAUUGGAUGGCUACUUGCAAAAACUAAAGCCACAUCAAUGCAAUUAUGAUGAAACAUGUCUUUUAACAAAAAAGUAUAAAGCCUUCAGAACUCUACAACAAGCUUCUGAGUUGUCAUUGGAAUAAAAUUGUUAUGUUAUCUUUUUCAGUGGAUUCUGGAUUCUUUGAAGGUGUAAAGAGAGUUCUUCAUGUUGGCGAGGUAAAAUGUAGAUUCUUUGAUUCUAAUAUAUAUCACCAUUGAAUAGUUAUGACAAAAAGCUCUUGGAGGGGUAGGAUCUUAUAAACUGCUACAAAGGAUAUGGAGAGCAAAAGAUGUCAAAAUAAAGUCACUAAACUUGUGCAAAUGAGGUAAAAAGUAAGUCUGUGCAUGGUUCACAAGGUGCUGAACCUUAUCUGGAUUUUCUGGGUAAGUCCAGUAUGGGUCGCCUCCCAGUAUUAGUUAGGUUUCAUUGACAGUGAGACAGCAUGCAGGUUCCACUUCUUAAUUAAGAAAAUUCACUGUGAGAGUUACGUUUCUUGCACAAGAACACAACACAAUGACCUGGCUAGGUUAAAGAUGGGAUCCCUGAACCAACAGUCCAGCUUGCUAACUGUCAGGCCACUGUAUCUCCUACUCGUACUUAUGGGAAAAGGGUUUAAUCACAUGAAUACAGGGGUGCAAAAUUUUUCAAGUCGUGGAAGUGCGAGUAGUGCUCAAGGGAUUUAGUAGCUACAUCUAGUUUGGCUGACAAACUGAACUUGGCCAAUGCUCUAUCAGGGUAUCAAGUAUAAUAAAUAUUAGCCUAUCUCCGCUAUCCCCGUGUAGAUGCUUAAGUGUUUGAUAUGUUAACCCAUUGGUCCAUCUGUCUGUUCUUCUCGGCUGAAGGUCAACACUUUCUUAUGCCCUUUGCUAUCAAUUAACACUACAUUUCUUCAGUUGUAACUCUAAUAAAGUAUUAAAUCAGUUGCACAUUGUUGUUUGUUUUUGCCUUAUUCAGGAACAGAAAGAAUUGGUUGAUCCCUACCUUGUCUUCAAUUUUGCUGGAAGGAAGGUGAACUUUUUCACAUUUGUUGUUGAAUAUCAGGAUGGACCAAUAUAUUCUUAAGCUCUUCUUAAUUAACUUGUUAUGGUAGAACAAUUUACAAUUUAGCAGUUGAAAUAUUUUGCCCCUUACCUCUCCCUUUAGUUCUUGUUCAGUCCUGGCUUGAACAUGAAGUAAUGUCAGUAUGAUUUAUUAAUGCCAAUUUUUUUCUGAACAGUCAAAGACUAGAGUACAUUACAAUUCAGAUCAUCCAGAGUUCAACACAGAACUCAAUGUACAAUUCAAGGUGAGUUGUGUAAAACGUUAAAUAUUUUAUUAUUUACUUUUAUGCAUGCAGUUUUAUUUCAUUCCCAUGAUGAUUUUGGUAUAUUGACCAUGUUGAUUUAUUGCUUUUUUAUCGCAGUUCCCCUCAAUGUGUGAGAGGCUAAAACUUCAGAUAUUUGAUUGGUAAGGCUCCACAAAGACUCAGUGCGAUAAAUCAUCUUUCCCUCCCAAUUGAAAUUUAAAUGGUCCAAAUUUAUGCCUUGAGAACGUUUGAUUCCGAAUUUUCACUUUAUGAAACUUCUCUUGUUAAAUCUUAAUUUUACAUAAUUUCAACUGUAAUUUUAAAUUAAAAUAUAUGUUCCAUGCAGGGAUCGAUUGACAGCAGAUGAUUGUAUUGGAACAGGUUAUUUGCCAAUUUCCGCUAUUUCUGGACAAGGCGAUGAUGGUAUAGUUACUGAUUUCCUUUUUUUUUUUUUACAUUUUGUGAUAAUGAGUACAACUUUGUUCUUGUCAGGAAUGCUGUCCCUUGAAAUUCAAUUAGAACUUCCUAAGUGUUUUUGGAGUUGAAAAAAUAAAUUACCAGCUGGUGUUUGAAUCUCAGCGGGAAACGUGAUUUUUCUUCAGAAAACUGCAUGUCACACAAGGCUUCGUCACUUUUUAAUGAUUCUUUCUUAUUGAGAAACAGUGACUCACAAAAGUAGAAAGAGGUAAAGAACUGAUAAAACUCCCUGGCUGGAAUCAACCUGAUGCAGUUGUGUCAGAUUAUGAAAGCAAAAAAAUCAAGUUUCAUUUAGCCAGGACCAACCGUUGAACCCUUUUGGAUAAAAGCCGUGUUUAGGAUACUGCUAUGUUUGUAUGUGCGUGUGACUUGAAUUGUUACUUCUGUUGAGGAGUACUCAAACCUUGGUACAAUUCUGUACUGCUGCAGGUUUUCUCCCUUUGUUUGGUCCUUGUUACAUUAAUUUCUAUGGCUCGACAAGGGAGUACUCCGACUUGCCUGAUGAAUACGAUGACUUGAAUCUUGGAAUUGUAAGUGUUUAAUACAUGUAUAAUUCAGACCUGAAAAAAAGUUUGGUUUUGCCCACCAUCUCUGGUUGGUGUACGUCUCAUGUAAUGAUCAAAGUAGUGGAAUAUACCAUUAAGAUAAUUUUUGAAUUAAAAAUCUGUGCGAAAAUCCCACAACUGAGUGAAAUGUAUAAUAGUGUGGCUCGGCGUGUCCUUGUUGACUCUUUGUACUCUUUCAUAGGAUAAAAGCAUCCUUGCGCCAAUGUUUUUUUUUUCUAAAGUUAUUCCUCUUGUCCCACCAAAGGAAAUUUGAAACUUUCGAUGUUUCACUUACAACACGAUAUCUUUCAGAACUAAGCAAAUUAUAAGAAGAUUGACUUUUUAGUCGUGUUUUUUGGCAUAUCUCUAUUUACAUGUUCGUUUUUUUAUUAUUAUCCUAUUUCAGGGUGAAGGAGUUGCUUACAGAGGAAGGGUGUUAGUGGAACUGGAAACCAAACUGGGACCGUCAUCAAAGGAGGUUGCCGAAGACCUGCAAAGUCAUGAGAUCAUCCGAGUACAGGUACUUCAGAAAUUAAACCUUUGGAGAAGUAAUUUUUCGUUUUCUUAUGAUUUCUUACAAAGUGUUUCGAUGACCGCCAAUGAGAAAUUGCCCUCUCAUACUUCACUCUUGCCAAUACAGUAGAACUCCGCCAACUAAAACUCUGUUAACUCACCGCUAACUUAUACUAAAUCAGAUUUCCGGUAGAGGGUAUUACAAGAUGAUUUGGUUUAAUCAACUGAGUUGAUAUUGUAAACUUGCCACCGUAAAGAUUUCCUAACGCUGACGUUUCGCCUUGACGAAGGGCUAACACUCGAAAAGCCAGCUUUGAAAUUCUCUCGGUGGCCAAUUUACAUCAUCAACUCAGUUGAUCAUUAAAACCAAAUUUUCUUGUAACUCAAACACCCCUUAACUCGAGUUUUAUGCUAGCUUUUGAACACUAGGAAAGACAUAUCACAGCGUUUGUCGUUUUUUUGCUUUUGAUCCUUUAACCCCCUAGAGUGACUAGCAUCUAAUUUCACCUUAAAAAAUUACCCUUGAAUUUCAUAUUAAGGUCACGAGAUUAAAGGAAAUGAUCACCAACUAAGGAAGCUCUUGAAUGUUAAACAAGUUCCCCAAGUCAGCAUCUUAGGAAAUGUAGAAAGAACAGUAUAGAGAAUAUGCACACUGAUGUUGGGUUGUAAAGGGGUAAAUAUUGUUUAUUUAUUUAUUUUGUUGUGCUCUUCAGCCGUACUUACGCAGGCGUAAGUUUAAGUUGUUUGCCUGCUUCCUGGAGGCAACGAUGAUAGCAUCCACAGACGGACCAUUGGAGUUUGAAGUUAGCAUAGGUGGGUCGAGAAAUCUUUUUUAGACGAAGGAUGCAGUCAAACUCUCCAUUCUUCUUUUAGGCUUCACAUUAGAAGUAGUUUUGUGGUAUUCACACCACUUUGCAAUUUUUAAAUUGAGUUUCAUUGGGUCGGUGGUUUGCUUUACCUCUCUUUAGAGUGCUAUUCGAUUGAGAACCGUAAAACCAAAGUAUCACAACGACCAAUCACGAGGAAGGAAAAUACCUUUAAGAGCCAAUGAGAACUCAAAGUUAAACCAACCGAACUGUCUAAAGCGCGGGAAAACGCGGGCGGCCAAGUCAUGAUUGGUUUUAAUUUUGCAUCUGGUUGGUGGGGAGAGUGGUGCGAGUCUUCCGGACUAAACAUUUUGCGCCGUUUCUCGACCAAUCAGUUUCAAGACCAAAACCAAUGGCGACUAGGUCCCUCUCGUUUUCCCGCGCUUCAGGCAGUUUUCUUGUGAGUUCUUAUUGGCUCUUUGUGAUGCUUUCCUUUGCUUUUAUUGGCUGUUGCGUUUACUUGGUGAGGCAAGACUCGAUCGAAAUGCGUGCUUUUAAAACGUGAUUACUGUUUUCUGUUAGGAAAUUAUGGCAACAAGCUUGAUCAGUCAGUUCCUCCAUCGUCUUCCACUACUCCACCCACCAAUGCUGUUUACGAUGGCUGCUACUACUAUUACCUUCCAUGGGGAGACACCAAACCUUGUGUGUGCGUGGAUAGUCACUGGGAAGAUAUUUCCUUCAGACUGGACAACUUGAAUAUCUUAACUAGAAUGUGUGAGCGAUUGGUGAGUCAAGGCCAUAAAUAUCAAUACAGAUAUCUACUAGGUGAUACGUUAUAGCUUUAUUGACCUUUGAAACCACAGGUGGACCAUGGGAUAAUUGAAAUUUUUAUAGAAAAUCCGAAAUAUUUGACGGCUACGAUUAAAAGUUUCGACGCAUCUUGGUCUGAAAAUGUCAGUGAAGUUAAAUGAAACGUUUAUGCAGUAACUAGAGGUUUUCUUUUUUGCCUCGGCGGGCCUUAAAAAACGGUUCCACUGAAAAACUCACGACCGUUGGCUCAUUGGAAAUAGGACAUUAGUUUGAUAUUGUGCUUUUAUUAAGGACUCGCCUCUCUUGCCUUUCCUCUCUUGUAAAUUUUAUCUGAGUAUCGGCAAACUUUCAAGGUAACUGGACGAACUGUGUAAAUGGUGUAACAUCGGAUGUGAUGUUGUACUUAUAGUAUUCAGCGCCUUAGGAAAUCAUCUGCCUAAGCGGUGUGAACCUGUUGUGAAUCUUUCCCUUAUAUGGUGGAAUGGCCCAAAAGACCCAAUAAUGGUUUGACGUUUGUUUUUGUCGUUGUAACAGGAAACGAACAUGGAGAAAGUUCAGCUUAGUCUGGAAGCAAAUGCGCCAACAGCCGAAACAGCCUCACUUUUGAUAGCUUUGUUAGAUCAGCUGAUCAAUGAUUGCAGGUACACAGGGCAUUCCAUUUUAAGUACAGCUGCGUACAGAUCUGAACGAUCUGUGGUCAUGAAUAAGAAACUUUAACCGUCCAAUUUGAAAGAAGUUACCAAACACUGAGACACUACAUAAUAUAUUUAACUAUUUAAGAGAAGCGUCGGCGAAGCCUCGUCUCGUAACGUCAGCUUUAGAAACUCUUUACGGUGGCAAAUUUACAUCAUCAUUUUGAUCCCCUUUAUCUUAAGAAAGCACAUCAAAGUCAGCUCAUGAAAGUUUUAUCGCAAAAAAGAAUUUCUUAACGGCCAGGUCUGCUAACUGUGUAAUAUGCAGCGAAAUAUAGUGAUUUAUAGUGUGGAUGAUUUGGUUGAGGAAUGUAAUUCAAGUUCUCAAAGCUAAUUCUGAACAACUGUUGUCAGUUAACUGUAGAGAAAAACCAACUUUGGGACUUGAGUUUCGAGAGUGUAUUUACAAUUACGUGACGCGUGAAAGUAGGGGGGUUUUACUGGUCUCCCUAGUUUGUUUAAAUACUUUUUCAACUUGUAAACCCGUUUGAUUUUAUCUUGAUAUCCAGGCUGCACGGCCACUUCAGACACCUGUUCAAUUUUCUACUCCUUAGGAAAGUAAAAACAGGAAAUGAUAAUUUUUUUCUUGUCUGUAGGAGACCACUACCUAAGAUUGACAGUUCCACUCCUGGAGUCAACGAGUUAGACCUUAAGAUUCAAGACACAAGAAUUUUGGAGAAGGUUUGUUCAUGUCACUUUACUUAUGUCAAGUAGAGAAACAAGUGUAUGUGAAACCAAUAUAAACACCUACAAUGGGUGGCAAGAGUAUUUGGCAUGCCUCCCCUUAGUUGGUGGACAAUCCUCCACUCAACAUAGUAAACAGAGGUCUUGUAAUUCAUUUCUAAUAAGUCACUCAACGGUCCUAUCUUUCUCCGCAAACAAUGUUGCUGUAGGUUAGUGAUCAUUUGGUUAACACCAGGCAAAAUUGAAAUGGGGCAGAGGAGGAGAUAGAUGAAAGUUGUAGAAAAAAUUUAAAAAGUUGUAAAGCGUGCCAAGAUAUUUGCCACUCAUUGUAGGUAUACAUUGAAACUUUGGGCGUUGUGCAAAAUUCUGAAACCUCUUUGGCAGACAGGAGUGUGUCAUUGGCCAAACUUGCACGACUUUCAUGGGUUAAUUACUUCGCCCUUUCGGAAUAUUUUAUGAAUUUUAAACAGUUACGUUAACUUUUAUGCCAAAAUCUGUGUUAUCUUUCCUUUGGAAACUUGUCUCGCUCUCAACGCCUCGCUAUUUUGGACAAUUGGUAAUCAAACUUAAUGUUUGAUGUUUAAACAAAAUCGUUGCCAUCAGUGGCGGUGUUGUUGAUCAUGUCUGUUAUUCAGUGUCAUCUCUUUUUCUCCUGAGAGUGACUGAUCAAAUAUUAACGUCACAAGAAUAAUGGAAAUGAUCAAUAUCUGAAGGAUCUUUUGAUUGUUAAGCAAAUUCUCCUUGUCAGUACCAUAAGAUAUGUACAGAGAAAAGUAAGGAGAAUCUGUAUGCUGAUGUUAGAUGAUGCUCAACCUCUGGUUUGUUACAGCUGGCCAUCAUGGAGGAGGCAACCAAGCUACGUGAAAGUGCGACGGAUGUUGCUGAAGCCAUGGCAGAAAUUGAGGGUUACAUGCAGAGAUUGAAAGAUAUUUCUGUUGAGGUGUGUCCUCGUGAAUUGUAUGGUUUGAUUCACUAGGUUGCAUUUGGCAUAAGUUAUACAAUACUUGGUUGUUGACGCAUCUUUGUGGUUGUUUUUCCUUUAGCCCCAGAACAGCAUGCCGGAUGUGGUAAUAUGGCUAAUCAGUGGUACCAAGCGAAUUGCUUCGUUCCGUAUCCCAGCUUAUGAGGUGUUGUUCUCACCUCAGUUUGAUGCCUGUGGUCAGAACUGUGGCAAGGUCCUCAAUAUGUUCAUGAAGGUUAGAUAAUGUAUCCUCAUCAAUCCUUUAGAUGCUAAGUAGCGCAUAGGGAAUCAACUGGAUUCCUCUGUUUCCUGGUGUUCCGCAAGUCGCGUUGCCUGCUCCUAGCUGAGGUUUUCUUAAACUUUCUUAGAAGAGAAAAUAAUCCAGGAGUGCAUUGAUGAAGCUCAACUUCGCUCUGUUGUCGCUCCAAAAAACUUACGCUACUCUCUCAACCAAUCAGAUGCAAAACUGAAACAAAUCACGAUUUGGUCACCCGCGUUUUCCCGCACUUUAGGCAAUUGCCUUGCUUUGACUUUGAGUUCUCAUUGGCUCUAAAAGAUAUUUUCCUUCAGUUUAAGUUUUGGUUUAACGACACUCAACCGAAAAGCACUCUAUACAGACUAAUACAAACUUGUAAUUCAUUGAAGUUAAAAAGCAGUAACUUGUAUCAAUGAAGUCAAGGAUUGAGUCAAAUAUUUGAUCUCAUGGAGAUGAACUGUCUUUGUUUUAUGGUAAGAUUAAUUACUUCAUACGUCGUGCUGUAACUUUUUUCGAUACUUUCGCUGUUGUCUGAUUAGUACCCAGGAAAGAAACAAAUGAACCUUGAAGACUUUCCAGAAGUCCCUGCUCAUGUUCGAAUGAUAGUCUGGUUGGGGCUCGAGAAACAUCAGGAAGAUUGGACCAACAGAGAACAGACAGAGGGAGACUUCUGCGUCUAUGCAGAGACGGUAGGAGCCUUUCACUUUCACCAUGUCUUGACUUUUGUAUUACUUAGCAAUUGAGCUGAUCUACAUUUCUCUAAAAUGACGACUAAAACUAAAACUUUCCCUAAAGAAAAGAUACCUCUUAUUAACCGAGUUCGAGGUCUGGCCCCGGUUGUUCGAAAGCCGAUUAAAUUAUCCCUCGAUUAGAGGUUAAUCGACGAUUAAAUUUCUUAUCCCAAGGAUAGCUAAUCUAGGUUUAAAAUAACGUUCCUGAAAGCAGAUUUAUCCCUUGAUUAACUAUCCCACGAUUAAGCUGAGGUUAAACCAGUCAAACCGGUUAUUAAGAGCUACGCGGCUACGCGCGAAAAAAAAUUGGAGGGAAAAAAUGGCGGAAAGGGAGAGUGCACAUGGAAGUGGAAACCAAACGAAAGACAGAAAAAGAAAGCAUAAUUUUUCAGUUUAUGAGAUUGAAGUCAUCACCGAUAAUGUCAAAAAAAAUCUCGAUUUAAUCUAAUCCAAAUUAACGAAUGCUGUGACCAACAAAAAGAAACAAAUGCUAUGGGAAGAAAUAACCCAAGCGGUAAAUGCGGUCGGAACAGCCAAGCGAACAGUCACGGCGGUAAAAGACAAGUGGAAAAAUCUCCAUAGCAUCGCCAAGAAAGAAUUUGCAGAAUUCAAGAGGGAGACCAAGAUAACUGGAGGUGGUCGGCGUCCAAAGUCGCCGAGUGUUGCCAGCAAAGAGAUUAUUGAGGUGCUUGAGGACACGCCGGCGUUCAGCGGUUUGAUUGGCUUUGAGACAGGUUUGUAAACAAUUCUCUAUUGUUUCUAGGUUACCAAAAAUUUUAAAAUUGUAGACAGUCAACCGGCCAUGUUGUUUCGGCGGGGUUUUCAGCUUAUCAAUCGCUUUCCGUCUUUGAGCAUACGAAAUGUUCGGACACAAGGGAGGAAAAGAUAAGUUUGCAUGUUUUUUUUUUCCAAUAUCCGUAACUGUAUUAAUCAAGUUUUACCUUGUUUAGUUUAUUAUCCCGUCACAUUUCAUGAUUGUACUUCACUAAGCGAAGGCUGCUACGGAGAACUCCAAACCGGUUUGCUGCUUUUGCGUCAUUUUUAGGGUUGCAUUCGAUUAAACCCUGUUUAAGCUGAAUAUAGACGAACGCUCAUGAAGGACUGUCAGUAAUUUAGCAGACAUAUAUAUAAAUUUCAGCUUCACUUGAUUAAUUCACAUGUCGAAGAUUGCAUAGCUCCGUCAUUUUGGAAAGCGAUCUGAGGAGUGAGACAAAAACCUUUGAUUUCGAAGAAUGUCUUGGAUGCGGUUUAUAAUUUGGUUAAAAUUCGUUUUGCCAAAGACAAAGUGCUCCUAUUGUUUCUUUAUUUAUCUUGUACUAAGGAGUGUUCUUCAAAUAUUUACGAUCGGCUAUUUACAUGUAUAAAUAACUAAUUUUUAUUAUUUCGUUUUGACGCAACUUUGUUUAUGUUUGUGAUUGACGAAAUAAUUUGUUGUUGUACCUGUUAUCAUGUCCUAUUUUUUCGAUCACUAAACUGUGGUAUGGUUCUCGUUGUCGAUUCGCUCUGAUUCCCCUUUAUCUGUCUAAAAUAAGCUUAACUUUUAGUACAUGAUUUACAGAUUUUAUAAGCAUUUUCGUGAAUGAUUUCACUGAGUUAAGUCUACCAGUACACAAAUUCAUUUUAUGAAAUUGAAUAAUUUAUUUUUACAUGUUUAAGCCUCAGAUUCCUUGCGGAGAGAUGCUCCUUCUGUUAUUUCAUUUAUGUCAUGCAUAAAACUAAAUUCACACUUUUUGAGCCUGAGUGAAACCUUAAUUGUGCUUGAAAUAUUUUGUAGGAGAAGAUGCUCAUUUACCAGCAGAGUCUGCGAAGACUGUGUUUGAAGAAGACUGUCUGAGCCUUAAUGAAGACAUGCAUUCUUCACCAGCCAAGGCUGAUGAACAGAGGAAGCCUUCGAAAAGGAUAAGUAAUGGCGAUGUUUUAAAAAUGCAGUACGAAUGCCUGUGUACUCAGAAGGAAAUGUUGAAUCUUAAAAAACAAAAAUUGAAAAUGCAAAUUCAUCUUCUGGAGCAACAGGUCAAUGCAAACCAAACCUUCGCAACUGCAUUAAAUGCAAAUUUUGUAGUUCCCAACACCAAUUCAUUUUAAAGGAGGAAUAGUGUAAUAAGUCCUGUUAAAGAAAUAUUUUGGGCAAAUGUUGUUCUCGUAUAAUAUAUUAUAAAACAUACACAAUGUAUUUUGUUCUCAAAAUGUAUUUUGACAUAAUAAAACAGAUUCUUGAGUCAAACUUAUUUUAAUGUGUUUUUUCAACCAGAAACCCCUUAAAUGCAUAUAUGAAUUUUUUAUAUUUCAUGGGAAGUUAAAUUAAGAGCAAAACUGAUUGCAUAAGGCAUAAAUACAAAAAUUAAAAAUUGUCAGAAAAAGGUGUUGCAGAUGUGGUCUCGGAUGACCUUGCCAUCCUCUGGACCCCGGAAGCAAACAAGAUUAGGUUGAUCAUCAGCCUCAGCAUAGCCAUCCAAAGGUUCCUUUCUCAGAAUUGCAAUGUUAUGUAAAACUGCACAUGCUCCGAUAAUGAUGGACACUUUUUCUGGCUUCAUUCUGAUCUCAGAAUGAAGCAGAUGGAACCUUCGCUUCCACCAGCCAAAGGCUUGUUCUAUUGCCACUCUUGUUCUUUUGUGGGCACUGUUGAACUCUUGCUGCUUGUCAGUGACUGGAUUCAGGUAAGGGGUCAUCAGGUACGGCUUGCAAGGGUAACCACUGUCACCCAACAGUAAACCAUCUUCCAGGGACUGGUGUUGGAUAUUAAGUUGUUGGCCAAUUCUUGAAUCCCUAAAUGCCAAAAAAGAAAUUAACCAAGUACAAUCUGAGGAAAGAGACAAGUCACCAUCCUAAAAUAAACACUGAUAGGUUCAAAAACACGUUUGUUAAUCGCUUAAUUUUUAAACAUAAUCUAGUCUUAUAAUUUUUAUCUUGAUUUUCUCUGUAAUUUAUAUAUAUACCUUCUUUUAAUGUUGUAACAUAGGAUAUGUGAUUAUUUAUCUUAUGACUUAAUAAAGAUUCAAUGAAAUAAAGAUUCAAUGAAAUAAAUAUGAAGCUGUCAUGGGUGCUGCCUGGCCAUCGUGCUACAAUGUUGGUAAACAUGCCUAAAAUAAAACAGCAAAGAAGUUAUGUGACCAGUUCUUACCUAUGAUGUAGAAAAUCUCAUCUCAGUUUAUAACAAUAAUGUACUGCAAAGAGGAACAACAAUAAUUGUGUCUAUGAUGAACUGGGGUAACUGAUACAAAUAUUUAGUUUACUUGGAAAACCUUUUCAUUGUUUAAUUUGUUUUUUGAAAUUUGGGAGACUGCAUCAUUUUGAAAUCCCUGCUGAUUGUUGCACUCUGUUGGUCAUUAGCUGAGCAAUAUAUUCACAAAUAUCCCACAUUAUUUCUUGCUUUUUUCCCUUGUUUUUUACUUUUUUAUACUGUCACUAAAAUAUUGGUGUGAUAAUUUUGGUAAAUUUUCUGUAUGUGUGUUUGCAAACCAAACUCCACCUAUACCAUUUGACUCAAAAAAUAUUUUAAAAAAAAAUUUUAUCACUACUCCCAUUUCCUGAAUAUGUGAAACUGCAAUCUAGUAACUCCCAACAAUGCAACCCCAUAGCAGCUGAUGUGCUAGAAAUCUCAAUCUAAAACCUUCUAUAAGGGGAGUACCCCUCCCUGCCAAAGGUUAUUUUGCAAUUUUUAUAGAACACUAAUUGUGACAUUUGAGUAUUUUACCUACCUUUGUGAUUGCAAAUUGCUUGCACAUUUAUGGAAUGGAACCCUUUACGAUUGACAAAAUCGUUUUCGUUUUCAUGUGGUGCCUGAAUCUUGAUGUGAGUGCCGUCAACACAGCCAAUCACCCCAGGAAAUCCCCCCUUGGUAAAAAAACCGCGUUUGUUUUGAAGUAUCUCCUCUUCGGUCGAUGGCCACUUGAUGAAGUUUCUUUGUUUCUGUGCAAGGGCAAGCGAAACUUGACCGAUUAUACGGGACACGGAUGACUUUGACAGGCCCAGAGUAUCUCCAAUAACUUGAAGAAAGCUACCGGAGGCGAAAAAGCGCAACGCUACAAGGACUUGCACAGUUGUCGACAAAGCAUGGUUUCGAGAUGUAUCUCUUUCAAGAUCGUCGCGAAGGAGCUCAGAUAAAAAUUCUAUGGACUCUCGGCCAAAACGAUAUCGACUUCUCAAUUCUUCGUCAGUAAAAUUGGACAGGGAAAAGUCGUCUGGUAGCCUAAAUGUCCUUUCUUUCCUUCUUGGGGCCGGCAUUAAGCCUAAUCCGCCAAGUAAUAAGUCGGCCAUUUUGUUUUGUUUGGGGAAAGUUUUCCCUCGAUUAGUGAGUUAAUCCACCUCGCUAGGUGUGUUAAAGUUAACCUUUAUUUUAACCCUGGGAUAGUGCUAAUCGCGCUUUCAGGAACAGAAACUAAUCGUAGGUUAAAUUUUAUUCUUGGGUUAGGGCGAUCUAAUCGUGGGUUAGCGCUAAUCGGCUUUCGAACAACCGGGGCCUGUACUUUAAAUUAUAGACCCAAUUUUUUCCGCUCAGAUAUAUGGCCCAAGCCCGCAGGCCAUAUAUCCGAACGGAAAAAAAAACGAAGUUCUGUAUUUUACAGUGGGGACCGAGAAAACGAGUUUAGUAAGAUAUUUAUUAUAUCUCUGGGUUUAAACAAAGGGGGAAUAUUUCAGUACAAACAAACUUUUGAGUUUAGCGGGCCUUAUAGUGAAAUACGGCUCGCAAAAUUGACCAAUCAUAGUCCUCAUACUGACUGAGAAAUAUAAUAUGAUAUUUUUACACUUCGGUUCUCGGUCCGAUCAGCGAGCACUGAGUAUUCAUAACUAUAUACAUAUUUUUUACAUCUAUAUUCGAGAAGAGUCGUUUUUAGACGUUUUUUCUUACCAUUGCCUGAUGUUCUGAAUGUGGAAUCGUGGUUUGAAAAAGUUUCACUUUGUAUGACAAGGUUGACAGUACCAAACAGUGUGAGGUGAUCAGUUACAUAUGUAAUAGAUAUUUGUUCCAUUGUAUCCUCUUCUCAUUUAGUAUGAGAAUCAAAUGAAUGUGCUUGGUACUUGGACCUCCAAGGGACUUCCUCGGCCGUCUUGGUCAAACGCACGGGGAGAUGUAAGUAUUUUCUUCAUUGCUUCAAAUCUUACUAGAAAUUUAUUUUAGAUGUUGAUUCGUUCGGAACGAAUUUAGCGUAAUUAGCCUGUUAUCGGAAAAUUCAUCAGCCCUCUGAAGAUUUAAUGUAGAUUAGGUAGUUAACUGAAAUUUGGAAAAGAGAUUUCUCGGUUAUUUACUUUUUACAUGACUCCGUUGAAGUGUCAUGGCUAACUGAAUAUUUCAAGUAAUGACUGUUGAGUAAAAUGCCCUAACUUACCGAUUUACUUUCAGCAGGGAGAUUAAGGCAGUUGUGUGUUGGAGUCUUAGCAGGUAUAUGAGUGCAGUAUCUCAGGAUAUGCAGAUAUGUAGGUAGAAGAGAGGUGACGAUUGUCUGCCCUACAGAAGGUGACUGUAGGGGAGUGGUACUGUAUAGGUGUAAAGAAGCUUCAGAUUUCAUAUGGAGUCAUUUAGUUAGAAAGUUACUUAAAACGGUAAUCGAUAACUACACAUAAAAAAGUUUGAGGAAGUCCUAUUUUUAAAUCAGUUAAUUACAUUGCAUAUUUUAGUUAGCUCUGAUAAUGAAAUUGGUCGUGGAAAAGAGUUAAGGCCUGCAGACUGUUGGUGUUUAUACUCUAAAGAAAUGCUCUGAAAAUCUGAUCAACUGUUCCUCCCGAUAACAAUUUAAUUCGGUUUAUUUCAGUUAAAAUUGUAUCAGGAGUAUUUUGUCACUCCUCCCGGCUGGCGCUUUGAAGGAGACUGGUUCGUGAACCCAGAGCUAAGGUAAAGAUUUACGCUAAACGAGAUGCGAAAUGAUUAAAAAGGUUCAGGCCUCGUUCACACCAAAACGUUUAAAUUUGAAAAAGUAAAACGUAGUUAUCAAAUUUAUCUGGUGUACGAGGUGUAAGUGUUCAUCGAGGCAAAAAUAUGCCUUUGAGCAGGCCUUAAUCAAAAGCGCUUCGGCAUGAGUGUUUCUUCGCCGGCGGGAAAGUCUAAGGCCCUAAGCUCACGCCUCAAGCAUUUAACUCCCAAGAUGUGAUUUUUCAUUCUUCCCUUUAGCUGCUGUACAUUCCCUAUUACAGUAUUUGUGAGGAUUUGUGAGGAUUUGCUGUUAGAUCAAGAUAACAACUUAUGCCUGUUAAGUUUGAGUAUUCUCAUCACCUGUUUGUUGAAUGAUGUAUGGAUACGAUAGAGAGAAGUUACAUGCUAAUCACGUCCAGGAUUUAAAGGGUUAAGGCGGCGAGAGGUCUAAAAGGGGUCUAGUACUGAUAAUGAGGGUAAGACUCCAGGUAACCCUCUCCCCGAUUUUUCUCCAGUCUUUUCGCGAAAGGAGAAACGCGUAUCCUACAGCACUUAUAAGGGCCUGUGUGAAAAAUCCAUUUACGAAAAAAUAAGGUUCAAGUCAAAAGUCCGUAGAAAAUAAGUAUUAGAGUUUUUAAAUGAAGCACAACGUUUGGUUAAAAUAAAAACUCCAAAACUUCUUAAAAUUCUAAACAAAGGGGUAAAAGAACUCGCGAACGAAAGCUCAAAAACAACUAACAAUACUCCGCAAAAGCAAACAACAUAAGUACGCGAAAAAUGUCCUCGUCAGUCUUACAAUGUCAAGGUUAGAGUUCUUUUAAGAGAUUGGCUAAUUUGUAAAAUGAAAUUGAAAUUGAAAUUUAAAGACCAAAGGGAUUUUCUACAGCUAGCUCGCACGCCGAGCUAAAAUGUGCACUCGAGGAGACAUACGCGCUAUCUCUCGUGCACGUACCUAAUAUACAGACAAUCUCUUGAUUGUUAAAGACGUCAUAACUUGACAGUCACCAUGAAUGUCUCCUGAAGUUUGAUUUUAGUUCUACUUCCUCACAGUCUUUGUUUUAAAAUUAAUAGCAUGACUUAUGACCGAGACAGUGGUCACAAGAGCUUUUUAGAAGAUGUGUUUGAAAACGAGUCUCGUCUCCCUGGUGGCAGCUGGGGACCUUCCUCUGUGCCCUGGACGGAUGUGGUAAGUGUUCUGUUGCCACCUGAACCUUCGGUGGCGUGUCCAGGGAGAUGGACCGAGAGGUUCCCUCCCUCCCCUCCUAUCUGAAGGUCUUGCAACAACAUGAUCGCAUGCUUCGACUCAUUAUUUAGAAUUUAGAAUAUAAUAUUCUUGAAGUAUAUCUCAGCCUAUUUCGGAUCUAAUUGGGAAAAAAACUUUUGUUUAAUGAAUCCAAGUUUGGUUCCUCCAUCUUCCCCACCCAUAAAAAAGUCCACAAUAAUCCCCCAACCGCGAGCACACAAAUUUUUAAGUGUUAUUGCAUUACUCGCGGACCAAAUUGCAACAACGAUGUUCCGUUGUUUUUGGUGUAUGCGUGAAAGGUGAAUUUCACGAUCACCUUUCAAAGCCAUACCUUGGGGCGUCAAGUAAUGAAGUAAUGCUGAAGAAGAUUGCAUGCAAUGUCAGUCCUAAGAGAGCACUUACGUCUCUUAAGAGAGUUUUGAAGCACAUGUCGAGCAUUGAAAACUUUGACGCCUUUGAUUCGUUCCCUUCUUUUUAUUUACGAAGUACAAGUUCUCAAUUGCUAUUUACAAGAAGAUUUCUUUCGUAGCGUGGUGAUGCUGUGACAGCCAGGGAUGAGUUAGUGUGUCCAGAAGAAUGGGAGUGGACCUCAGAUUGGACAGUCGACUUAAACCGAGCCGUGGAUGAAGAUGGUAAUUCACGGUUUUACGUUCUUAGCAAAACCAAAGCCAGGUUUUAGCUUAUACACUUUGGCUUUGCUCUUUCAAUUAUCUUUUGAUAGGUUUUGAGUACACUGUGGAAGCCACAUUUGGUGGUUAUGGACCCGUGGAGAAGACGUACCACUUGUGUCGGCGAAGAAGAUGGGUCAGAAAUAGAGUGUUAGUGACAGAUGCUAAAAUGGAACAAGAACAGGUGAUAGGAUGACUUUAAACUUGAAGACAGGUUAUCACCCAGGCCAUUCAUGGCUAGUGCAAACGAAACAAUGACCUCAUAGUUGCUGGUUGUUAGGCAUCGAUAUACUGUGUGGUUAAUGUAGUGUUAUAUACAGACAGAAACCUAGUUUGAUUGCUUCUCUUUUGUCAAUGUAGAUCCGAGCUGAACAGCUCGCUAAGGAAGGGUGGGAGUAUUCACCAGUGUUCACCAUGAAGUUUCAUGCCAAGGAGCGUAAAAUGGAUCUGGUGCGGAGAAGAAGAUGGCAUAGAAAAAUGGUGCAAGAGGAUCCCAGUGCCCCCGCGGUCUUCCAUAUUGAUGUCGGCGAUGGUGAUGAUGUAAGAGUCUGUGUUUUUUAUAUUAUGGCCUACUUAGCUGUUGCCUUUUCCCUGGAUAUAGUGAGUUUUAAUGUAAAUUGGCGUUGAUGGUGUAACUGUCUUUUCUGUCACACAAGGCGCAGUCAGAAGUAGUGUGUGACAUAGGCUACCACUUAGUCACUUCCUCACUGCUCGUGUUCGAGUCACCUCACUCGAUGAAAUGUAAGAUGGACACUGCUUGGUUGGUACCUGUUCAGUCGCAUUUAGUAACACUAAUAAGGCUAUUAAAUAAAUUACCUUUCUGGUAAGUCACGUUCUGAACAAAAUUCAGUUUUUGAGGACUAGAUAUUCUCAGACACAGAGGAGAAAAUUUUGUGUGGAUCGCUGAGAGGUCGCCGUUGUAGAAAGAUUCCCGCCCCUAAAGGGAGUGGUUUCCUAUGCGACAAGGCUGUUUUCCUAUUCAGUAUUAUCGUGGCCUCAGCUACAUCCUAAAGUGAAUUUUAUUUCUUGCCCACAGGAUAAGGAACAAGAGACGAUGAUGAAUGCGCCAAGAAUGUUCAUAACAUUUGACAGUAAGGAAAUUGGUUCUUGUUUGCAAUUCGUAGAGUUUCCUCGGUAGAAAAUCAGAAAAUGUUUUAAGAAAUUUGAUAUUUGACCCUGAUACUAGACCAUCAGCAUUAGGCAACAGAGAAGAUUUCUUUUUUUCAGGUUAAAACGUUCGUUGUAGCUUCGAUGGCUACUUAAGUUAACGUAUGUCCUCCGAUGCACAAAACACAUUAAAAUUACAAGUGUGACAUGAUAGAAGUUCUUGACUUGUUGACAUCCCGUAAUUUACAAGGAUUAAGGUGGAUGAGUCUUGAAAAAGAUAAACUAUUCUCUUUGCCGAAAGUCGUUGUUGGCCAUGGACCAGGUGACUUUUGGGACGUCAUGGUGAUAUUUAAUCGCCUUUCUCGUCAACUGAGGAUGAGGUGUUUGUAAGGGAUUAACCCAGCCGUUAAUCUCCUUUGUAGAGCCACACAAGUACCAGCUGAGGGCCUACCUUUACCAAGCGCGUGAUCUAUUGGCAUCAGAUGCCGAUGGCUUCUCAGGUAAAAUGCACUCAUGUUGGUUUGUUACUUUGGUACAUGUAUCUCUCAGCCUCGUGCUUGGUGGAACAGGAGAUCCCUACGGCUUGACACCAUUCAAGUCUUAUCGCCGCUGCAUGCAUUUUUAUCUGUGCUAAGUCAAUUUGCGGACCAGUUGACUUUCCUUCACCUGUCAACUUCAAACUAUUUCGCACUUAAGUCCUGUCUACUCUCCUGUCAUGAAGGUCUUCCUGCUUUGCCCUUCAAUUUUUUCGUCCACUUUCUUUUGGCUUUGUCCGCUUUUAACGCGUGUCUGAGAUAUCAGUUGACAGAUGAUUAAUUCCUGACUCCGAAAAAGCAAAAUACAUUUGGACUCGUGUUGGGACUAAAAGAAACUGGCUCGUGUAACUGCAUUUUCAGAUGAAUGGCUUAGCAGUUGCGUCUAACUCCCUAACCUCGCCCAAGAAUCAGCCUGUGUUUCUCUAUCUUUCAUUUUAGUAGCUACUGCGUCGUGAUGCAAUGUGCACUCUUUUUUUCGUUACGAUAUAUUUUUCAGACCCUUAUGCACGAAUUGCAUUUGGUACCCAAAGCCAAGUGACAGAAAUCCUUACACGGACAAUUUGUCCUACGUGGGAUCAAACGCUGAUAUUUGAAAAUGUUCAGAUUUAUGGCAGUAUCGACAAAGUUGCAAAUAACCCACCGGAAGUCAUCAUCGAGCUGUUUGACAAGGACCCAGUGGUGAGUUGGUUAUUUGGAAACAAAUGCAACCUAAGUUUACUUUCGACACAAGCAAAGUAACGAGGAAGGUUAGCCCUAUUCUGAUGCAGGGGACCUUCCACGAUACGUAGACAUUUUGGUGUGGUCAAUUUAGCCGGAACUUUUUUGAUAAGAGUUUUCAGUAGACUUGACAGCCUGUAAUUUUCUUUAGUCAUCGAAUGCGCCUAAAAGCAGAGAAAAUUGAUUAUAGAGGCGGAGAAAAUAAGAUCGAUGACUUAGUUUUGAGUUUUUCGGUUUCUUCUUGAAGGGUCAAGACGAGUUUAUGGGUCGAUGUGUGAUUAAACCACUGGUGAAGAUGAAUGGACAAGGGCCCCCAGCACCAAGACUGUUGUGGUAUGAUGUCACACGAUGCGGAGAGGAAGCUGGCGAGAUUCUGGCUGCCUUUGAGCUGUUUUUGGUGCGUGAAACUAAAAGCUACCUCUUUUUUCUCUUUUGUGUGUGGUGUGCUACUUUGUGUUAAUCAUUUUCUAUCCUUACGAAAGGUUAAGGAAACACAUGAUCAAAAUCAGUUCUCAUACUAUGAGCGCCUUUUAUCUGUCACAAAAAGAAUGCAAGAGCACUUUAUGAACAACCUAAAUGAACACUGACAAACGGUGCUUAUCGAAGAUAUGGAAGUCGACAAAAACGUCACUGUCCAGUUUAGUGUAUGGCUCAAUGUCGAGGGCACAACAUGCAAAUUGGCCAAAUAUGAGGGUUGAUUGGGCGGGUACGCCUUCCCUUUGUUUUGCUUGUAACAAAAGUUUGGGUCACAUUACUGAGUUUAAUAUCAGUUGUCUUGACUCAAACCCAGCCCCCUGUACCCCACAUUUAGCACGUCAGUCCUUUGCCUCUUUCAUGAGCUUAGCCGGCUAGAAAUCUAUCCCUGCUUGGACUAUCAGUCGUUGUUUGAAGUUACCCUUUAAGACUGAAUUAAAAUGUGGCUUGUCCGGAGCUUUGCCUCACUGGUUAGUAACGGAGAGAAGCUUCUCUUUGAGACCUGUCUGUGUUGAUUCGAAUUAGCUUUGAACACUAUUGUGUAUCAAAAAUAUUGGACUAGACCUCGUCUCUUUGUUGAGACAUGCGGGACCAGUGAGAAUGACAUUGUUAUACACGUGAAACCAAUGGAAAGAUGAUAUAUUUUCGUCUUCUGAUUUCAUUUACCCAGGACGAAGGUGCAGAUUUACCAUUUGCUCCACCGAUGAAAGGAUCGUUGUUUCUUGUGCCUAAUGGAAUCAGACCUGUUAUGCAGCGUACAGCUAUAGAGGUAUAUCUCAAUCGAGAAGCCAGCUUAGACUAGAGCUUAUUGUAGCAAAAUGUCGUUAAUUAUUGUCGAACACCAACAUCAUUGUCAUAACACAUCCACGAUGACUAACAUAUGAAAUACGACAGAUGACUAUCUUCUAAAAUCUCUCCUGAUGGACUCAAAAUAAAGAAAGAUUCGAAAAAUAUUCGAAAAGUUUUUCUUUCAAUGACUUUAUCCUUUAAAUGCCUGAGUAUAUGAAAAUAAUGUUUAUGUACUGCGGCUUAAGAAGUGGAUAUGAAACGAUCUUCGCAGUAACGAACACUACUUGAGCAGUAGCGAAAAUAGGGCCUUAUUUUCACUACUGCUCAAGUAGUGUUCAGUAGUGCGAAGCUCGCUUUCAUAUCCACUUCAUCCUUUGGAGAUCUUCCGUUGCGAGACUCCGUGUUAUUCGGCCAGCGAAAAUCAUGGCCAAACCGUUUAGAACACUUUUUGCGGGUAAAUUGCGAUUCCUUGCUUUUUCCUUUCCCUACGGACAGUGUUGGGUGCCCGAAAUCAAACGCAAUUUAAAGAUCCCGAGGAGGGUGUAGACAGGAGGUGUGGGGCAAAAUCUUAGAGUGUUUGCUUGUGUGAGUGGAAAAUGGACAUUACUUUCUCAUAAUACAAGAGAAAGGUGUGUCCCCAAACUUUUGGCCAGGAUUGAAGGUUCACAAGGUUAUCUAAGGAGCAUUGAUUUAUUUGAUUAUUGAUUAGUCUGUGCAAUAUUCGAUUCCUUGGCAGGUACUAUGCUGGGGCGUACGGAACAUGAAGAGGUAUCAGCUGGCAAGUGUAGCUUCACCCAGCAUCGAGUUUGAGUGCGGUGGACAUGUUGUUCAUUCAACAGUCAUCAAGAACACACAGAAGAAUCCCAAUUUUGAUCAGCCAUUGUUCUUCUUCGACGUGGUGAGUGCAUUUCUAGUGUGAAGUGUUUUGCUUUACACGAAAUAAAAGCAGAAAAGGGCUUCUAUAGACUGCAGUUUGCCAUGAGACUGGUCUGUGACUUCAAAAAGGUGCACACGAGCUAAAGGCGUGUGUGUCAUCGUGUUGCAGAGACGAAACUAAGAAAGUGGAUUGAGGAAGAUAACAAACUUGCCUUUCAGCGCUAAAAUACUCGGGGAGUUGUUCUCGUAUUUCUAUAUAAUUUCUUCUCUCUUUUUCUCGUCAACAGCUUCUCCUUAGCUUUUUCAUAAAUGCCUGUGAUUUUGCUAAAAUCUGCACAACUGUGCACCAUGAGGACGAUAUUUUAUGUUAUGACUUCAGCAGUGUGUCUAUGCUCUGAUACGUCAUUGGCGACGUUUUAUCAAAGAGCGCGUAGCAUCCGACGCCUUAUAUUAUACAGAACGGAAUCCGUGUGUUGCAUAUUUUUCACAGCACCUCGUUAUUUUUGUGUUCACAGUACCUGCCUAAGGAAGAGUUGUACACCCCACCAAUGAAUAUCAAGGUUCACGACAACCGAUCUUUCGGCCGCAAACCUGUCGUCGGGAUUCAUUCCAUGAAGUCCAUGAAGAAAUUUCGUUGUGAACCCGCCAGUAUGGAUGAACCUGCAGACCUUCCUAUAGGUCAGUUGAUAGGUGCCAAGCCGCCAUUACUAUACUCUUUCGUUUUGUUACAGUUAAUGAUAAGGGGGGAUAUGAGCUCUUAGGAUACAGAUGAUACUGUGAACGACAUGGGUGAAGAGAAUGUAAAUGCCUUGAAAGCUUGAUAACAAAGUCGGGGAUUUCUUGUAGAAUUCCGGGUUUGAUUUUAGCUUCCUAUUUAGUUUCCUAAAUGAAAAUGUAGCGAAGUAAAAAAAUGAAGCUGAAUGCAGUCAACGCGGUCACCCUUUCUCCCACCCCCCCCCCCCAAAAAAAAAAACAAUAAAUAAAUAACAAUAACUAUUUUAAAGGCUUCUUUCCAUGUAAGUAACUUGUUAACUCCCGCGAUCUGAUUGUCCAUUCUCCCCUCUACUUGCUACACAUUUCCUUAAUGAACAUUAAAAACUUCAACCGGAUAAGUUUGAGUAUUCUCAAUACCUGUUUGCUGGAUGAUGUAUGGAUAUUGAAAAGAGAAGUGACAUGUUAAUCACCUCUAGGGGUCAAAGGACUUCAGACAACUUUCAACGACCCAGAUAAACAACUUAAGAUAUCGAGCUUUAGUUCCUCCAAGGCUCUGAGAUUUAGGAUUCUUCCUUAACCGUGCUAAUGAGAAUAAAUUGCUCCCAACAGAUGAAGAGGUAGACGAUGAAAGAGAAUGUUAGUAGUUUUAUACCCAAGACUUAAAUGCACUAUGAAAUCUAGUGUACUCGUGUGUGCUACUUUGUGGAUUUACCAUUAGACAUGCUAGAGCUGAACUUCGUGAGUUUAUUGUCACACUUAUUUUUUUUAGCGGAGAGUGAGUCUGGCAGACAUGGCUCGUCUCACAUUAUGGACAUCAAGGAGGAGCAGAAGAAAGGAAGUGUAAGUAAAGUAACUCUUGUUAAAAGCAUUUCAAGAGAAGUGAAAUUAAAAUUUUUUCACCUUAGAAAGCUUUUCGAUCCAAAACCAAAGCAAUCACAACGGCCAGGAAAAUAUCGCCAGUAGCCAAUUAGAACUGGAAGUGAAAACACGCAAACUGCCUGAAGCGCGGGAAAAAGCGAGUGACCAAGUCGCUAUUGUUCACACUUUUGAAUCUGAUUGGUCUAGGAAGUGACGCAAGUUUUCUGGACCAAUCCUAUAACGAAAUAAAGCAAAACCAAAGCAAUCCUGAAUUACUUUUGAUACUGAGUUGAAAACUGCUCUAUUGUAGCAUAAAAAUGAAUAGAGUCUCUUGUCGGAAAGGAACAGCUUUGGACAUGACCUUGAAGAGCCCGAUUCGUUCUUUAAAAGUGAUGUUAGUCUAGAAACACUCCAUAGAAAUACAAAGUACACAUAGUACUUGUUUUAAAUCCUUAAACUACUAUCAACUAUCAAGAAAUAUUUAAGAUUGCCCCUUUUUUAGGAACAACAAGACGAGGACAUCGAUUGGUGGUCCAAGUUUUAUGCCUCUGUGGGUGAUGUUGACAAAGCCGGUGUGUAUCUUGAAAAAGGAUUUGACAAGAUCAUGGUAAGAUGUCGAGAAGCUGUCACCAUUUCAUCAAAACUUAAGCAAAAUAUGAGAAAGAAAUCAACCAUCGACAUAACAGCUCGUCGAAAUGCACGACAACAGUGCGUGCACAUGGCGCAUUCUGUCCAGUUGCACAAGCACUACGCUCUAGCUGUCUUACUAAACUGUCCAGUAACAAGCAAGACGCGUACACUGUCCUCUUAGUAUUUAUCGGGCUGGUGAUAACCAAUCAUGUUGGAGAAUUUUAUCAGUAAUCAUUGCUUGAGAAGAAUUGUGCUCCUUGGGUUGUUUUAUUUCCAUUCCUUUUUGAGGAAAAUUGUGUUUAGAGCCCUUCGAAUACUUUAUCGAUUGUUUUUCUUUAGGUCUACGAUACAGAGCUGGAGAAGGUUGAAGUAUUCAACGGCUUCCAGGACUUUGUAGAAACAUUUUUCAUCCACCGAGGAAAAGUGAAGUCCAAAGCUGAAGAGGAGGAGACAAUUGUAGGGGAAUUUAAGGUAAAAGUUGAGCCUUACGAAUCGUGACGUGCACAAUGGUUUCACAUAAGAAGGAAAUGUAGCCUUAAAGAGGGCCAGUAUUUUCUGUUGAUACAAAAAUGAAUUAUUAUAAGUCAAAAAGGAUCAACAAGUUGCUGCAUAGUCAAGUGAUUUCCAUUGAAGAAGUCCGUUGGCUCGUGUCUGUUAUAAAUCGUAGUAGGAUUUUGGAUGUUUUUGCCGUUAGGUGGUAUGUAGUGACAAGAAGCCUCGGUUCCAUUGACACCAACGAUAUUACUUUAGGGAUAUCUUGAUUGGAACUACCCCCUCCUCCCCCUCUCCCUCUCCCCUCGCCCCUUCUAUUUCCUUCCAUUCAGUGAGAGAACCCCAUUCCACUUCUUUUCCGAGCUUAGCCGUCUAGAAAACCAUAACUUACGUGGUCAGUCGUUUUAACAAGCUUCUCUGGGGCUUUCUUCAGCAGGGUAGUGAGGGGGAAAAGGCGCUCUUUCGAGACCUAACGGUGAUUCGAAUGAGAUUUUCACACUAUUGUGUGUAAAAAAUAUUGGACCAGACUCGAAAUUUUGGUCGAGAUAAUUAGGACAACCGAUAGCGAUAUUCGGUGAUAUUGGUCCAUACAGCUACACUUACCUUGUGUCCGCGCGGAAUCAGUAAAACAUUCGUUUUUAGCAAUGGCUAUAUAAUUUUGAAUCUUUAUUUUUACCUUUUUGUAUUCAUAGAUGCAUGCAUCUUACAACAGAUUUUAAAGAAAAGUGUAAUAGAAUAGUUUUUGAAUAAAAUUUGAAUCAUUGUGAGAUUUUGUAUGAGCAUGGCAUCCCUUUUUAUUAGUUAUAUCAUAUGCGUGAAAGAUUUACCCUGCUUUAUAAUAGUAUAUAAAAGUUUACUACUUCUACUUUCCUUUGCUUCAGGGAUCUUUUCGAAUUUAUCCUCUGCCAAGUGACCCGAACUCUCCUUUACCGCCCAAGAUUCUACGAAAACUGCCGCCUAGUCAGCCAGUGGAGUGUAUCAUCAGAGUAUACGUUAUACGAGUAAGAUAACAGCCUCGCUUGGUUUUUUUCUGGCUUAAUUUUUUCCUUGAUUAGUUUUUAUCCAUGGCUUGCGAAACUAGUCCCAAUUGUUCUAAGCUGGGUUUAGAUAAACCAGGGUUAGUGUGAAAUUUGAUUUCAGAUCUGAAAGGUUUGAAAGAAAAUUUGAGUUAAUCCCAUUUUUGUUUUGUACAAUUUAAUGAUUGAAUGCACUAAAAGGAAUUGGUAAAAUUAUUCCAUAACGGCUUUUGAACAGAGAAAUAUAGAAACCUGCAUUCAAAUUUAACCCUGGGUUAGCGCUAAUCCGCCUACGAACAACUGGGCCCUGAUAUUUUGCAUUGCGUUUUAACGCUACGUCGCAGGACCGCAUGGGAGUGGAGCUCGCACCUCGCUUUCAAUUUAUGACAAUCGCUCUUUAUGGUCAAACUGGUAACGUGGACUCGGAAAAGUGUGUAAUCUUGCGAAUGACUGUUUUAGUCGGCGAUAGAAUACUGAUUUGAUCAACAUGAAUCAAGUUGAAGCUGUGAAAUCCCUCCUUAGCUUUAACGACUCAAAUUGAUGAAGUAAACACUCUUACACAAUGACAGCCCAAUCGACUAUUAAUUUUGUUUGUUUUAUUUGUUUGUUUGUUUGUUUGUUUUUUUUGCCAGGCUUUAGACCUUCAGCCUCAAGACACUAGUGGCCUGGCUGAUCCCUAUCUUGUCGUACAUCUGGGAAAGACUAAGGUCUCUGACAAGGAUAGCUAUGUACCAAACAAUCUGAACCCCUUGUUUGGAAAGUAAGUUGGCAUAUCUUGGAUUAUUGUUUGUAUUAAAUCAUCCACCAUGCUCGCAGUGUAACAGGCGAUCACCGGUAAAACUUACUCCCGGUUUUUUUUUUUUUUUACCGCCUAAAAUCGCCUUGAAAUCCUGAAAAUUCAACGGGCAGAAGGAUUGCUCCACCGGUUUGAAACUUAUUCUGCCUGUCGUGCUUAAACGAAAGGAUAACACUGUACUCGUUCUUCUUGGGUGAUAGUUGCUCCAAGGGUGACCCUCUUAGCAACGACACACCCGUUCAUGUAAACGGGAGCUCAAAGGAAUUUUUAAGAUACAAAGAAUUUUUAUUUUUUUGGAUACUGAAAUAAUCGCUGUAAUUUUUAUGAUAAACACUCGAUAUAUUAAAGUACAGCGCAGGUUUAGUAGGCCGUUGUUAAGCAUUUCGACCUGAGAUACAAAGUACUCGUUAGCCACGUAGCUGGGCCAUUUGUAUGUUACAAAUAGAACGGAAUACUAUCGGGGAUAGCUUUGGCGCAAAUGUUCUGUGCAUCGAGUAUUGAUUACGAUCACGCGUAACUUUUCUAUCCUUCUUGCUCUUUUUAAGUAACUUAAAUAGCUUUAAUUUUUAUACAAGAGUAUUAUUUCUAUCUCGUUUACUACCAGGAUGUUUGAACUGACCGCCACCAUUCCCAUCAUCAAGGACUUGCGCAUUAGCGUCAUGGACUAUGACGUUAUCGGCCGAGACGAUCUGAUCGGUGAGACUACGGUGGAUUUGGAGAACAGAUUCUUGUCUCGUUUCCGUUCCACUUGCGGAUUGCCUCAGACGUAUUGCACGUGAGUAUAUAAAGAGCCAAGAGAUAAAAAUCCUAAUGUGCCAGCUGGUUUAGAAGGUGAACCAUCAGAAGAGAUCCUGACUGCGCAUGAGUGGAAUAUUUAAUCAUAUCUUAUCCUGAUGUAUCAUUUAUGUGAUUUUGUAUUGGAAUGAACACCUUUGAUUCAAACCAGUGGCGUGACUAACGUAAAGUCAGUCAACGACAUUGGUCGAAACCAAAGAUGCAAAAGAAACGUGGUACUCUUGGUUACCACUUAACAAAAGUAUACCUUGCCGACAAAAAAGGCCGGAGAGAAGAAUGACUUGUUUGACUUGUUAUGUGAUUGACAGGUCGGGUCCAAACCAGUGGCGUGACUCGCAGACGCCACGUCAGAUCUUAGAGUACUGGUGUGAGCUGAACAGCUUAGGUAAACCUCAGUUCCUUGGGAACACGCAGCUGGUGCUGGACGGAAAGGUUUACAAUUUGCAGGAGUUCGGUGAGUUAUUCAGAAAUUUCUUUUUAUAGUAAAUGAAUUUCUCUUAGAGAGCUUUACAAUUUAGUUUCUCGAACACUGAAACGAAUUUAACCCGUUUGACUCCUGAGAGUAAUUAGCAUCUCAUUUCUCCUUACAUUAUCACUCCCGAAUCACACCUUAAGGUCAUGAGAAUAAUGGAAAUGAUCAUCAACUGAAGAAGUUUUCGAUUUUAAACCAAAUUCUCCUUGUCAACACUUGAGGAAAUUUAUAGAGAACAAUGUGGAGAAUUUUCAAACUGAUGUUGGGGUUUAAAGGGUUCAUCACAACGUUAUUAUCCUUAAUGUACACAUUAAAACAGCCUCGAGCAAAACAAAGUCCAGAUUGGACUAAUUUGUUGACUGAGGGGCGCGAUUUUUAAAAGCUAUUCCCUCGCCCAACCAGACUUCGAGUCUAUACCUGACUAAGCAUGCUUUACAUUUUACGUCACAAGGAUGUUUCUGGCAUCAACUUUUUUAUGUUGGGGUAAUAUCUUCUUCAUAUCCUGUUUUGUCUAAUAGAGGAAGGAAUGCUGUUCCAUCCCCACUUGGGUCCACCUGACCAUCGCUUGGCAUUACACGUGUUAAACUCCAUGCCGGUGGUACCUGAACACGUCGAGACCAGGGCAUUGUAUAACUCACUCCAACCUAACAUCGAGCAGGUACAAGUAUGUCGCUUUUAACAGGGGGAGGGGAACCUUAGUUGGAUAGCUAGAACAGUUGUUAGUGAUAAAAGUAAAGUAUAUGUCAUUCUAUAUUGGCCUGUUAGAAGAUAGCUGUCAGGCUGCUAGAAACACUGGUAGAAGUUUCAGUACUAACUUCGAUACUUCAGCUUGACUUCUUGGUUCACCCAUUGUCUUCUUAGACUGAUCAGCGUGUUCACUGUCCCUCUCAGUUUUGGUAAAUUGUCGAUAAGAGAGAAAAUCAGAAUUUUGAAAAUAACGAUAAAUAUUACAGUUUCAAGUCAUCAUUAUGAUUGUGAAUAAAAACAGUCCAGUCUUAUUAUUAAGAGUAAACAAUCCCAAAACGCUAAGCUGAAGCUUGUUAAACUUUUUAACUCCCGAUAUGAAAUUGUUAAUUCUACCCUCUAGCUGCUGCACAUUUCCUUGUAAAUUCGUUUCGAGAAUUUUGUAUUAGAUCAAGAUAACAACUUCUACUUGACAAGUGUUAGUGUUCUCACUACCUGCGUGCGGGAUAAUGCAUUAAUCUCCUCUGGAAGUUAAAUGGGUUAAGUGUAAUAAGCGGUCAAAGAACCUGGGAGCCAGUUAUAACUUGGUUCUUAACUUGGAUUUGAUUGGCCGACGUGACAAGAAGGCUGGUGUCGAGAGGUAAGUACUGUGGGAAGUGUUAUUCUAAUUCUUGGCACAUUUGUCUUUCAGGGUAAGCUUCAGAUGUGGGUUGACAUUUUCCCGAAGCAUAUGGGAAUCCCAGGCUCACCUUUUGAUGUUAAUCCUCGCAAACCUGGAAAGUGAGUGUUGAUACACAUUAUUGCAACUGUUUUACUUAACCCUCCCGGUACUGCAUACCUUACGCAUGAUGUUUGUAUAACUAUUUUAGCUUACUUUACCCUUGAGCCGGCAUUGCUUUCUAUGGUACUGUUUAUUAUAACUGAGUGACUCAAGAGGUUGUAUUUUUUAACGUUCGUGUUUCAGCUAUGAAUUGAGAGUAAUUAUUUGGAACACAAGUGAUGUGAUCUUGGACGAAACAUCAAUAACUGGAGAGAAAAUGAGUGAUAUUUACGUGAAAGGGUAGGUACCGAAAAUAAAAAAAAGGAAGAAUUGCUUUACCUUUUGACUCCUAAGAGUGACUAGCGCCUAAUUUCUCCUUACAACAUCACAAAUUAAGGUCAUGAUAAUAAAGAAAUUGAUCAUCAACCAAGGAAGGUCUUGAUUGUUAAACAAAUUCUCCUUGUCAGUAACUUGGAAAAUAUAUAGAGAACAGUGUGGAGAAUCUGCAUAAUGAUGGUAAGGUGUAAAGGAAUCAUACCUCGAGCCAUCGAAGCAAUCAGUUAGAUUUUAUAUCAGGCCUAAACUGAUCGUUUUCCCGCUAUAUCUCAAGCUGAUCUUAAAGCGAUGUGUAUUAAACUCGUUUGCACGACUAAGAAAUUACUUUCUUGCAGUGUGGUGAAAAUAUGUUUUGUACUUUUCGUUUAAUAGAUGGAUCGCUGGGAUUGACGACUCACAGAAAACUGAUGUGCAUUACAGGUAUGUAGAUUGUGACCAGCAUCUUAUUUCUCCUUACAGUACCAACUUUGAAUCACCUGUAAAGGUCACGAGAAUAAACGAAAUGAUCGCAUAUUAAAGAAGGUCUUGAUUGUUAAACAAAUUCUCCCUGUCAGCACUUUAAAAAAUGUAUGGAGAACAGUAUGGAGAAUAUGCACAUUGACGUUAGGGUGUAAAGGGUUAUGUGUAACUAACUCUGUCGUUGAUUUGUCGGGCUUAAGCUUGCGGUAAAUUCAUUUGGGUUGUUAUGAGAGAGGUGGACCUGUGACAAAUUUGAAGAAUGAAACGACAUUGAAGUGGACGGAGAAGAUGGAAAUCUUGCCAAAGAAUUCUUCCCAUUCUUAGCACUUCACACUGUCCUACAUACCUUGAUUUGGUGGCUUGCUUUCCAAUCCUGUCUCAUCUUUCCAGCCCUGUAGUUUCUAUUAUAAUUGCAAUUUUUACUGUAGCCGUGAAGGGUUUGAGUUGUCGCGUGUUCAAAUAUACCCUUCAAAUGAGUGGCCCUGAUUUCAUUACAUGUACAGUAAUAUUUUGAGAUUCGAUAAGCGAUUGCAGCAUUCACAGUUAAUCCGUACAUGCAAUAUCUCUAUUGUGACAUCCUGUAUCACUCAGGUCUCUGGACGGCGAAGGAAACUUCAACUGGCGUUUUGUAUUCCCAUUCAUGUUCCUCGCUGCGGAGAAAGUCCUGGUUGUUAGAAAGAAGGUAAUACUGGCCUCUUCUUGUUAUGAAUUCAACAAAUAGAUUCCAUGUGCGUCUGUUCAGUUUUUUUCCACAUGUGGGCGUCUUCUGUGAUCUAUUAUUAUACUAGCCCACCGCAACAUGGAAUCUAAUUGUUUUCUGUGAUUAAAAAAAAGGAAAAUGUUGUUGCUGAUGACGUCAUCUAUGCGUCUGUCCCCUAAUAGAUAAUGAGUCAGAACCAACCAAAAUGCGUGUAGAAUUCAGCUUAUUAUAAGAAGCUUACUGCAUUCUCCUUGUCUGUUACAACAAAGGUAAUGUUCAGACUAAAGGUGCUAAUUUAAAUGCAUUGGUUUGAUUAUAUCAUGAUAGGAACACUUUUGGAGUUUAGACGAAACAGAAGAACGUGUCCCUCCGCGCCUAGUCAUCCAAAUUUGGGACAAUGACAAGUUCUCUGCGGAUGACUUCUUAGGUGAGUGUUAAUUGUGUGUUUUAGGAUCCCAGAAUUAUUUCUGGAUUUUGUGUGUCAGGGUCCGUACAGGUCCUGGAAAACCUGAAAAGUCCUGGAAUCUUAUUUCGACAUUUCCAGGACUGGAAAAUGAUUACAGUUCCUGAAAAGUCUUGGAAAUCUGCUCAACCCAAGCAACAAAGUUUUCAGAAUUUACGUUGUAAGAAAUGAAUGUAGAGAAUUGUAUGUAAGUAAGGAGAAUUGAUUUUGAAAUCUUGGGAAUGAAAGGGUUUAAGGUUAAAAUUGGUGUCCUGGAAAAAUCCUGCCAAAUAUUGACAUUGAUCUACCUUACCUUGAGCCGUUUGACUGAAAGCACAAGAGUAUCCAGAUUGCGAUAUUACUGAUGAGGAUAAUUUUAACUUUCUUGUUCGUUUUCUGUUGGAAACUUCACUUGAGAUGAGGGCAAGUUUGCGCUAGCUGUUAGUUGUGUUGUUUCACCUUGAUAUCUCGUACUUUCAAGGGAAACGAAACAUGAUAAAUAACUGACAUUGGACAAAGCAGUUAAAUUUGAAUACGAGAUAAUGGAGGUCAACCCUGAUUUUUGAUCAAUGAGAUAUUUCAUCCAAACCUUGUGGUUUUCUUUCUAGGUCAGUUAGAGCUGAAUCUGAACCGUAUGCCCAAGCCAGCCAAGAGUGCCAGGAGGUGUAGUCUGCAGCAGAUACCCUCAUACGAGGAAGGAAGAGCCAGCAGCAGUGUAGAGACGGUGUCCUUGUUUGAGUCGAAGAGAGUAUACGGUUGGUGGCCUUGUGUGGCUCAGGAGGCAGGCGAAGAGAUGCAAUUAACGGUAAGGUCAAAAGAGAAAGUCUCCUUUCACGUGACGUACAUAGGAGAAUGAGAGUACAUCUCAUCAGUUUCUCCCGGUUGGCUUGCAGUACUAUGCGUCAGAUGCCAUCAUGGACACAGAGCUGUUUUCAAUUGAGUGUCGAAAGUAAUUCACGAUUGCUUUGCUUUUGCUCAAUUUCGCAUUGUGAUUGGUCCCAAAAAAUCGCGCCACCUUCUCAUCCAAUCAGAUUCAAAACUAAUUUGCCUGUUUUUAACUUGAAUUCCCACUGGCUGACUUUGAUGUCGACCUGCGCUCCAAUUGGCUUUCGUGAGUACUGUGGUUUUGGUCUUUCGAAACUGAACUGAAAAUUGCUCUAUCAUAAAGGUGAAUUUAAAUUUUGAUGAUUUUGUUGGCUUUAAGGUUUGAAACAGUUAAAGAAGAGAAAAGGAGACGGAAUUUUUACAAGGAGAUAUAGGAAAAUAUUCCAUUUGCCAUUUCAAUGGAGGCUUGUUAUUCCGUUGUCCUUUGUUAUCAAGGAAAAGCGCGGAUGAAUGUCAGUAUCGGAGCAACUGCGCAUCUACCCUUCCCUUGACUCAAAAUUUACCCAAAUUUUUAUCAGUUGACUACUGUUGUUAUUGGUCUUUUACUGAGUUUUGCUGAUAAAAUAGAUCUAGCUAAUUCACAUGCUUAAGUUCUGUAAUGUAUUGUUUGAGCAACGAUAGCUUUUUAUUUUCCUAUUUAUUGCAGGGUAAAGUAGAAAUGGCCUUGGAGUUGUUGACCCACGACGAAGCUGAAGGGAAACCGGCUGGUAAGGGAAGAGAUGAACCAAAUCAGAACCCGACGUUAGACGAACCUAAGUAAGUAAACGAGCUAAUCAUGUUUGUGAUAUGAAGAGCCUGGCAGUGUUGAUAUUCAGCGAAGAGUUCGUUGCUGAACUUUGAAGGAAAGCAUCGACUCAAUUUGUAGGUAGCAGCUGAAAUUCACGCUAUGUGAAUGAACAUCAAGGGAGUAAGUAUUUGAAUCAGUACGAGUAGUUUUUGUUAAACUGGAUUUAUGUUCCCUUCGUUUUGUUACAGUCGUCCAGCAACCUCGUUUCGGUGGUUCACAUCCCCUCUGAAGACCUUACGGUACAUUAUAUGGAGAAACUACAAAUGGAUCAUUAUUGCAGUACUUAUCACUCUACUGAUCGUGGCCGCCAUUGUUAUCUUCCUGUAUUCCAUGCCGGUGAGUAUGAUGUUUGUUAAUAGUUGAGCUGUAUGAACGCCUGGAUUGGUGAAUCAGAGCCAGAUAUACGGCUCUGGUCAAUGCAUAGAAAUUGAAAAACAAGGAUAUUCAUACAACUCUUCCUCCUCCUCCCCCAUAAAAUGUGGCGGUGAAAAUGGCGGGAAAACGCGCGGUACGUGUGGUUUUUAUGCACAUCUGAUUGGUUGAUUUCGAAAAACGAAAUUCCGUAAGAGGCCUUGUGAACCAAAGUGUCUUAACAAAUUUUGCGGUGUAUUCCGGCACAAUGGUCUAUAGGAUUAAAUGGAAUGAAAUUAAAUGAAAACUGUUGAUCGGUUCCCAACUAACGCCAGGAAAAAAGAAAAAACAUUCAUGACCAUAUGGUACACGUAGUGUACCGAACACUUUAGUAUAUUAAGGGAUUUUAAAUUAAGGGUGGCACAUGGUUGCUAUGGUAACCCGACAUGACCAAAAGAUCAACAACUUGUCGAUUAUUGAGGAUCUUCUUUGGUAGCUCAAAAGAAAAGAAAAAUUGUGGUAGUGCCGAUUCGUCAGAGAAUUGAUAUAAAAAAAAAAUACGAAACCACUUUGCGUAGCUAAACACUUUAUCUCCCAUGAACGCCCAAGACAGAAUUACUCCUACCAAUAUCAAUAUAAUAUCAAGUAGACAAGUGAUGAGAAUAAAGUAAAUAUCAGUCGGAGAAUAUUAGUUGAUCCAAUACUAAAUUCUUCAAAGUAACAUCAUAAGGAUUGUAUGGCAGGAGGUAAGGAGAAUGAUUAUUAGAACGAGGGAGUAAAAGAGUUUGUAAAAUAAUUAUGAUUCUAUUUUUACAUCGUGUUUUUUUUUUUACCUUUUUGAUGAUCCUUUUUCCUUUUUUUCUUUUUCAGGGAUACUCAGUGAAGAAGAUAUUCAACGUUUAAAUCGUCCCCUACGACGUAAAACUAACACAGCUCAAUACAAAGUCUAAUGUGUCGAAUUUAUACUACUAUUAUAAAGAAUGAAAUGUUAAUAGGAUUAAUAUAUUGGAAUGAAUCUUCAGUAUUAUGUUAAUCAGAAAAAAUUAGUGGGAGAUGCAAUGCAAUGACAAUUGAAUAGCUAUUACGUAAUUAUCAAAAGUUAUGGAAAUAUGUUUGAACCUUUGUUCAAAUUGUUAGGUAGUAUAAUGAUGAUUGCAUAACUGGUCAUAUGUUUGUUAACCUAGUUACUCUUAUAUGCCCUACGUAAUGUUUUGACUCCUUUAUGCUGGUGGCAUAGCUUUCAGUGGAAUCACUUAGGUUGAAAAAGGGUGCUUAGGAGUCCUUUCAGAGAAUUAUUUGAUUUUGCUUUAUCUCUUUGUUUGAUUUGCUUGUUUUCAAUGUGAAGCGACUGUUUCUUUCUUCUCGUGUUCCAUGCAUUUGCACUAUCCAAUUGAGGUUUGAGAUGUAAAUUCGUUAAAAACGUAGAGUAUUCGCCUUUUGCGUAGUUUUGUUUACUCUAGAAAUAGCGGGCGAAUAGAAAUAAUGUGUCUUACAUUUUGUCGCUGGCGAUGAAUCCCUUUCUGUAUUUGACCAGUAGACAAUGGAACAUGUAGGAAUGAAAGGGAAUUUCACAUUCAAAAAAUGAUUUCAAUGUAUUGUUGAAUGCUGAAACCAGCUGGUUUCUUAGGUAGUGGUCUAUUUUGCUCUCUCAUGGUUAAAUAUCCGUCACGCAAUCUCCGACUUUUUUACGUGACAUCCCUAUCAGAUGUCACGCAUCAAAAAUAUUUUAGGAGAGCGUGACGCUUAAUGUGUGGCCAUGUUACAAAAUGGGUCAAGUUAGCAUGUUAAAAGAGGAAAAAAUACUUUGACAGUUUCAAAGGACAAAGUUAAUCUUUAAGAACUGCUACUUGUCUAGCAAUGUUUAGUAGUGCGAACAGAUAACUCAAGUAUAAUGGUAUUAAACAUGAGCUGAUAUAUGACAUGAAUUCUUCCUUGGAAAAUUUUGAAAUAUAGCAUUUGACAAUGAGUCCUUAGGUUAGCCGCGGGAAUGAAUAUAUUAUUGAGAAAUUGUAAUUAAUCUUUGUGGAUACAAUUCCAUUUCUCAAGUUAAUUUCUUAAGCGUUGUUAUCAAUUGAUACAUCCAUUCAGGUUGGGUGCGACAAUUGUUUGCAUUUUGUUAAAUAAUCAAUUAUUUUUUCAUUUGAAUAUUGCUUAACUAAGAACUAUCUGA